AUGGCAGAAGGUGCAGAUGGAGAGGAGGAGAUUCAGUUUCUGCGUACGGUAAGUGAUGCUGAGGUCUUAUCUGUAGUAGAGUAGAACAAUUAAACUUUAUUUCACUGAAUGUGCAACUAUUCAUUUUGUUUUUUAAGUUCCUGCUUCAUUUUAGAUGGUAGACAAAUAACUGGGUUACUUUCUGUGCAUAGACUGAGCACUGAUUGACAAAGACAGGUGGCUGCUUUGUCGGCAUUGUUAUCUAUUUAUAUCCCAAUGGUUACCUGAUCUGUUACUGUUUUGUCAGAGAGAGAAACUUCUAGUGCAAGGUGACAGUUAACUCAUAAAUGUUAAACAAAUUAUGAAACUCAACCACACUACGGUUACGUUACAAGCUGUAAAACAUUUAGACACUGAAACCGUAGUGUCGCUCAUUAGCAUUUAGAGAAUUUAAACACUUCAUAAAAACAACACGGUCCUCAUGAUUUGUAAGUCAGUUUUUGAUCAUGUUUUUGCUCAGUGAAAAAGCAUCACACUUGCGGUCGCAACUGAUAAAGAUUACUUUCACUUCACUAAAAGAAGAAUUCAAGUUUUGUUGCAGAAAUCUACAGAGAGGCCAAGCUGAGUUUGGAGUUGUGUUGGAGUUUGGAUUACAUCAUCAAACAGGAGCAUCUCAGAGCUAGGUCGAAGUUAGCCCGUCAUUUGAUGAUAAAUGUCUGAAUUAAUAUGCUAAUGUGAAUGCUAGUGUGACCUGUCUGAUAAAUGUGGCUUAUUUUAUUGACUUGUCCUAGCGAGCUGGUUGAAGACCUUAUAUUGGACAGUCCCAGCACAAUUGUGAAUCUUAUCCUUAAAUAAUUGCAGAUUUUAUCGUCCAAAUUCCUGCCAUUAUUGAUCACUUCACCAGCACAUAAUAACAACUAAAUUGUUCUUUAUGUAUUCCACCACCUAUAGCAAAUUUCUCAUUGUUGUUGUCUGCUCAGGACAGUGGCGUCCUGGAUCUAUAUCUAAGAGUUUGAUUUGUGGUUGCUCAGGACUUAGUUACAAAAUACCCUGUUAUGUAUACUCAUGGUGUUGCUGUUUGAUGAUGGAUUACUGUCACAGGCGGAGAGACACUCUUACAGGCUGCAAUGCGAGUGUCAUUGACCUCUGACGCUGUCAAUAAACAGUUUUGACACUUGAAUGUUAUAUGCCUGUAAAGGAUGAAUCCACUGGGUGUUUUUGUUUUGCCACAACCUCAAUUCAUUAACUAAGAACAGUUUAUUCUCAAUACAAAUAUAAUAGUGCACUUUCUUACCACAGUUGAAACUUGACAUCAAUUUUUCAACUUCAUUUAUUUGCUCAUGUUAGUACGCUGUUUUGUAAGACAAUUAUUUUAAACCCGUUUAUUUCGGCUGUGUUACUCAUUGGGGAGAUAUCAGAUUUCCUCUUCAGAUCUGUGAGCCAAAGCCUGCAGAAGGGCAUUGUGGCCUUGUUGGCAGUCUACUGUAUGUAACACCCCUCUAUUUGGAUGGUCAGCGUUGAUGCUUAGGCAUUGUAGACGUUCCACAUAGUGACACUUGAGUCUCUUUGGAUCCGGGUAACUCGAACUCUGGUGUCAGCAUUAGUCAGACACUGAUUAUCUUUAGACUGCAUCAUGAGAAUUACUUGAAAGCUAGUCCCGUGUAGCCACUCGAUGAUAAAUCAUGUAGAGCGAUCGCACUGUUGAGGGUUUGAACCUGGCUGCCAAAUGGGGCCUUUCUAUCUGGGAGUUGCAUGUUCUUCUCUUGCCUGUAUCACGUUUCUCCAGGUUCUCUUCCUUCUUCUCACUCCCAAGGAUGUCAGCUAGACCAAUUAAUAACUCUAAAUUACCCAUAGGUGUGAGUGUACAACCUCUAGCCCUCUACCUUCACCCAACACUUGACCCUUUGUGGGUAAGCAGAAGUGGGGUUUUUGUCACACUAAACUUUUUGCCUCAUAAAUCUAAAAAAAAAACAAAAGACAUGUUUUGAAACGGCCUUCUCCUGGAGCGUUAAACAGCUGUAAAGUAAAAUAUGACAACAAUGUGACACAAAGUUACUGUCAGUCUGUUGCAGUUCACCCUGAACUCGGCCGAAUUCUAUAUUUAGCGUGUGAGGAUUAACAGGUUCCAAGCUUGGCCCACUUCAGCACCUGCUUACUUCAGUCCAUGUGGGAACUUUACAUCUAUAACUAGAUCAAAUUAUGUUGUCCAAUGAUGCUCUCAGGACAUCACCCCAGGCUUUCUUGAUGGAUGUUUUAAAUGGCAAACCAGGGGGGAAAAGAGAGAACAUUUGGCGAAAACUACAUAGUCAGGCCUCGAGUCAUUCAGUCUAUCAGUCCAUUUCUGAAAUAGUCGCUGAUGUUUUGAUUAUGUUUAUUGAGCUGUCUUUCAACAUUGUAUUUUUGAGUCUGUCUGGCACAAGUAGGUGGCAACUCUAUUAGUUGUUGAACCACUUAAAGUAAUCAUCAGUUUUCCAUUGCAGUAUCUGUUGUUGACAGCUUCAGAUCUUAUUAUGAUGACGUGCACAUAAAACGAGUCACACAAUAGUUUUAACAGCUGUCUAACACUCACUUUAUUUAGAUGGAACAGAGUGAGUGUCUUGUUGAUGGCAUGUGCCUUGACUGAGAUGUUUGCGGAUAAAAACAAACAGCUAAAGUUUUAGCCUAAGGCGACUCAGUAGAUUUUUGAAUACUGCUCCCCUCAGCAGGAAGUUAAGUGCUGAUUAAGUUAGGGUAAUAUGGGCCAAUCAUUGUACUGGCAGUCAAACCCCGAAUAUCUGUUGCUUUCCAGAAAGGGAUGUGUGAACAGCAGGUGCAGCGGCUUGAAAUAGAGAGCUAGAGGGGAGUGGCUGGUGUCUGACGCCAGAGAGGUGGGGAUUUUAGAGCUGGGUCAGGGACAGCAGGCACAGAGAGAAGCACUGAUGGUGAAAAACGUAUAAAAGUUUAUGAGAGGCUGUGUGAGGACAUAACCGUCGCCAAAGAAAAAAAGGGGGGAUCUAAAAAUAAGAUAAAAAUACUACAUUUGAGAGAAAAGGUACUAAAAACAAGUAAAAUUAUCUGUCCAUGCAGCGAGAUAUAUCACUUGACAAGAUUUAUUAAAUGAAGAUUAUUAAAUCUAGAAAUAAGCAUGUCUACAAAUGUAUUGGAGGGCUAAAAGUGAGCCAGAAACGCUGGUUUUGAGGUCAGAUUACUAAAAAUUUAACUUUUACAGCCACCAAAAAAAUACUAAAUAUAAGCAUAAAAUAACUAUAAAAUGCUGGUGUUUCAAGAUUAGAUUACUUGAAAUUUAACUUUUACAGCCCUAAAAGAAAUAUAAGUAUAAGGUAAGGAGAAAAUCCUGGUUUUAAGAUGAGAUAACUUAAAAAGUAACUUUUUCACAGCCUCAGAAUAAGUGAAAUAUACUAAAUAUAAGCAAUUACAUAUUUUGUUUUCUUAUUUUUAGCAAAUCAAGCUGAAGAUUAGUUUAACAAAAAUAGAAAUUUAGAGAAAAAAAACAGUAUUAGUGAAGAAAGACUAAACUCUGUCUCAAUCUAAGCAGGCAUGUCUUGAAACAGGGCUUACUUAAUCUUUUAAAAAGUUUCCUUAUGAUGAGGAAUAUAAAUUAUUUUAACAGUUAUUUUCCUCAUUUUAAGAUUUCCUGCCUAUUUGAGACAAAAAAGAUAAGGUUAUGCUUGAUAUAAGAUUAUAGUGUAAAGUUAAACACUUACACUAAGAAAUUAAGUCUUAAAACAAGAGAAAUUAUCAAACACUUCUAAAUCUAAGUUUUUUUUGUCUUGGUAAGAACCAAAUAAUUUGCAGUGUAUGUAUUUGUUGGCCCCAGGUUUCAUUUCUUUUAUAUUUCUUUUAUGUAUAUCUAUAAAUAUAGUUAUUAUAUAAAUGUUUCUUUUAUAUUUGUUGUUAUGGUGUUGUUUUUUGUGUAAAGACUGCCAUUUAUGUGGUGGGAUAUAGUCAGACAAACAUCUAACUAUCUGUAUUUUUUUAUUAUUAUUACUCUCCUGGUGUACAUAGCUUCUCCUUGAUUUGUUCAGCUUGUCAUGCAAGCCCCUAUACUACACAUAAAUAUACCAUGUGCCUUAUGAAUCUAGUCUAAAAGAUGAUUACAUACACCAAUUUUAUUAUGGUAACACCCAUUAUUCCAGUAACUUUGCAAACUUAUAUACAUAGAUGUCUUAGCAAAGUAAUGUGUAGAGGAUGGAUUUUUACUUAAGUCAUGAAAUAGAAAAAAAAAAACAUUAGGUUAUACAGUAUGUUUCAGAUCAUGACUGAUAUUUAUGUCAGAAGCAACACUAGACUGUAUCAUUUUAUACAUUUGAUCAGCUUGAUUAAUUGGCUGGAUCAAUAAAUCAGUCCAUCUCUCCUUUGAAGAGGUAUUAUGCAUCAAGAUUUGUUGUAAGCACUUUCACAUAUAAAGUAUGAUAACAGGUUUUUCAGCGUAUAUUGCAGAUUGUGGGGGAAAUAUUAUUAGAGGCUUUUUUGGCUUUGCGGGUAGCUGCAUCACUAAGUGUAAUUUGAAGAAGAAGAAGAAGAAGAAGUAGAACUUUAUUGAUCCCCAAGGGGAAAUUUAAUUAUGCAGUAUAUCAAUUUUGUUGUUUUAUUUUGUGGUGAAAAUGUAAGCUCUUCGUCUCUUUUUAGUGCUCGCAGAUCAACAACCUUACCCAAACCUCUAAAUGAACUGUUGGAAGAUGUUUUGCCGCGUGGGGGCCUUGUUUUGACAAGAAAAAGUGUGAUAGGACAAAAGAUUAUUCCACUGGUUCUCCUAUAGCGAGUUUUCAAAAUCACUAGCUAUCUUUUCCCAGAACACCUAAUUUUUUUCCAAGCUGGGGGUCUUUGCUACGAUUUUUUUUUGUGAAAAUGUCCAAAAGAUCCUCACUUUGAGCUUCUUUAUUUCUGUAGGAUGAUCAAGUGGUGCUGCAGUGUACUGCAGCUAUUCUGAAGGAGCAAAUCAAGCUGUGUCUGUCAUGUGAAGGAUUUGGGAAUCGACUGUGUUUCCUUGAAACAACCUCGAAUGCUCAGGUAGAGACUGUUUUAUGUUUUGUUUUGUUUUUUUGACAUGUGUCUUUGAGUUUUGAAGUCAGCACCAUUCACCAAGUUUUCUGGUCACUCUGUGUGUCUAGAAUGUCCCCCCAGACCUCGCUAUCUGCUGCUUCAUUUUGGAGCAGUCCCUGUCUGUGCGGGCACUACAGGAAAUGCUGUCUAACACUUCUGUCGAUGAGGUAAGAAAAAUUUAGUACGGUGUGCUUCUUUUCAAGGAUGUGAAAAUGAUAUGUAACAAAUGGGUUGAGUAAACUGACAGCUGAAACUCUCUUUGUUUCUUUUUGACUCAUCACCUCAUGUUUCUUCAUUCUGCCAACCACAGGCUGUCGAUUUGGACAAAUGGGUAUGUUUACACUACAAGUACCUUAAAAAAACAAAUUAUUUUUUAUCAUUGAGCAACUUGGUUUGGAAAAAAUCUAGUGAUUUUUGUCAAUUACACCUAGAUAAAUUCAGCUGAAUUCAAAUUUACAACUUCCUCCUUUUUGUCCAUGUAAAUGACUCGAUCUAUUCCCUCAGUCCUCACAAGGUGGAGGUCACCGCACUCUGCUGUACGGCCAUGCCAUCCUUCUGAAACACACUCACUCCAGCAUGGUAAAGAAAGGAUGUGGCUCUUACUGUUGUAUGACCCCCGAACCCCAGUCCUUUAAUGUUUUGAUUUGACACUAAUUGGUUAUCUCUUUAUUUCACUGCAGUAUUUGAGCUGCUUGACAACUUCACGCUCACUGACAGACAAACUGGCUUUUGAUGUGGGCUUGCAGGAAGACUCCACAGGUGGCUUUGCACUUCACUGGACAUUAUUCCGAACAUUUAGAGAUGUAGAUUUAUGUAUUCUGAAUCUAUUUGUCCGUCACAGGGGAGGCCUGCUGGUGGACCAUACAUCCAGCCUCCAAACAAAGGUCAGAAGGAGAGAAGGUCAGGGUGGGAGAUGACCUCAUUCUCGUCAGUGUUUCCUCUGAGAGAUAUCUGGUAACCAUGGCUCUAAACUAGAUGCACCCUUAUUGACUUUUUCGUAGCUGAUUUGACCAGUGAUACAAACUCUACUUUACACAGCAUCUGUCCUACGCCAGCGGUGACCUGAUGGUUGAUGCCUCCUUCAUGCAGACUCUGUGGACAAUGACCCCUGUAAUGUCGGGUUGUGAGCUAGUUGAAGGUUUGUUAUCUAGAUAAUCUAGUUGCUUUAAGAGAAACUCUUUUUUUUUUUUUUUACCACAAAUCCACUUGCUAAGUAAAUGAUACCCUUUCUUAAGGUUUCCUGAUUGGAGGGUAUGUGCUCAGACUUUUCCACGGUCACAUGGAUGAAUGUUUAGCAAUCCCUGGAGCUGACCAGGGAGACGACCAGCGCAGGUGAGAACCUUCCUUGAUCCUAACAUUAUAAAUAAAAAUCUAUAGUGCUAGGUCCUAGGAGCUUUUCUACACUACCUUAGUUUAGACUAGUGAAAGCCGAAAAUAACAACAUUUUAUUAAACAAGUCUCUCUCAGUUCAUCAGAAACAUACAGAAACGAUUUUUCCUGCAUGUUUCUGCCAUUAAAUAAAGUUGAAGUCUGAUUGUUAACAUCUUAUCAAAACAUUUGUAAUUAUCAACCCUAACCACUGAUGACUUCUAUAAUGUAUUUUCCAGAGUUGCUCAUUAUGAAGGAGGAGCUGUAUGCAGUCACGCUCGCUCCUUGUGGAGGCUCGAACCACUUCGUAUCGCGUAAGAGUCCUAAAACGUAUAUUACAAAUAUUUGCUGGUAUUUAAUGGUUUUCAGUAAGAUGACUCUUAUGAAUAUGUGUCUGUUUGUAGCUGGAGUGGGGGCCACAUCAAAUGGGGCAUGCCUUUCCGGAUACGUCACAUCACAACAGGCAGAUACCUUUUUCUGGACGAAGAGAAAGGGCUUUUGCUGGUAGACGCAGAGAAGGCAAACUCCAAGAUGACAGCUUUCUGCUUUAGGAUUUCAAAGGUCAGUGUCAUUCAGAGACACCUGUGCCAGAGUUCCUCCUGAUUUCUGAGACAAACGUGUGAAACAUUGAAUCUCUCUUCAGAUUUUAUGAACACACUUUUUUUGAAACUACAGGAAAAAAUAGAGGUGGCACAGAAGAGAGAUGUGGAAGGAAUGGGCAUACCCGAAAUCAAGUAUGGAGAGUCCAUGUGCUUCGUACAGCAUGUUUCAACAGGCCUCUGGCUGACAUAUGCUGCAGUUGAUGCCAAAACUGCCCGCCUGGGUCCUCUAAAGAGAAAGGUAAAGCUAGAAUAUACAACAAUAAGAACUAUAACACAUCCAGCUGGCCUGUACUGUAUGUAUUUUUGUUGAGUGCUGUUUGCUCACCUCUGUGCUGAAAUUUUAGGCCAUACUUCAUAAAGAGGGUCACAUGGACGAUGCACUCACUGUGGCUCGAUCUCAAACAGAAGAGUACCAAGCAGCCAGAAUGAUUUACAGUACAACAGCUCUCUUCAACCAGUUCAUCAAGUACUGAAACAUGACUCCACUCAUAUCUAUCUAAUAAUUUUCUGUUGAAAUCAUUCUUUAGAUAAAGCAAACGAUCUUUUGUUUUUCUCUUUGCUUUUUCAUGUCUUCAGAGGUCUGGAUGCUCUAAGUGGGAAAAACAAAUCUGCCAACCCCCAAUCCCUGCCCAUGGACAUGGUGGUCCUCUCCCUGCAGGAUCUCAUUUUCUACUUCCGACCUCCAGAGGAGGAGCUGGAGCACGAGGACAAACAGUUCAAGCUUCGCUCGCUCAAGAACAGACAGAACCUCUUUCAGGAAGAGGUAAAUCUACCUACAGAGGAACUGAACAUGUAACAUUUGCAAGUUUUUUUGGUUGAUGUGUUUCCAUACAAUGAAAGUAUUUCAGUUCCCUUAAAGUUUUAGUUUUCGUUAACAGGGAAUGAUUACUCUUGUCCUGGACUGUGUCGAUCGGCUCAACGUCUACAACACGGCUGCCCACUUCUCAGAGUACGCUGGAGAAGAAGCUGCUGAGUCGUGGAAGGAGAUAGUUAACUUACUCUAUGAGUUGCUUGGUAUGCUAACCUGAUUUCUCUUUGGAUUUUGGAUCAGUCAUUUGUUUCCAGCAUUCUUGUUUGUAAUAGUGAUCCAUUAACAAUCAUUCACUGUACUUUUGCUCAGCUUCUUUGAUCAGAGGUAAUCGUGCCAACUGUGCCCUUUUCUGUGAUAACCUGGACUGGCUGGUCAGUAAAUUGGAUCGGCUGGAGGCAUCUUCAGGUACCAGCGAUGCAAAUAUUUAUCAUGGACAUAUAGAAGACAUUUGCUCUACAAGAUUAAAAAAAAACACCAGUUAUCUGUGCAAAUAGUCGAAGCUGCAUUCAUUUGAAUAUCUAAUAACUUAAAGCAGUCUAAAGCGAUAAUCAUGUAAAAAUGUUUCUCUUAUGUCUCUUAUGUCCUUUUCUGUUACACAAUGUAAACAGUUGCUGCUAACCUUUAGUCACUCAUUGUGAUAUUUCUCUGACAGGGAUCUUGGAGGUGCUUUAUUGUGUUCUGAUUGAGAGCCCUGAGGUGUUGAAUAUCAUUCAGGAGAACCACAUUAAAUCAAUCAUCUCCCUGCUCGAUAAGCAUGGACGCAAUCACAAGGUGAGACAAAUGUAACACUGACUUCGAUGUUUAUCAUCUGGUUUCUAUUUUCUGUUGUUGAUAAUCAGCUACUGUAACAUCAAAUAUCUAUUCGGGUUCAUGGGUUGGUGGCUCCAUUUCUUUGACAGGUCUUGGAUGUGCUCUGUUCUCUGUGCGUGUGUAACGGGGUGGCGGUGAGGUCCAAUCAGAAUCUCAUCACAGAGAAUCUGCUGCCGGGUCGUGACCUCCUACUUCAAACCAACAUUAUCAAUUAUGUCACCAGGUGGGUCUAGUUGUUAAAGCUUUGUUCUCUUUUUUUCUUUUUAUAUGCCAAAUCCUCUAAUCCUCUGCAUCGACUGAAGUUUUAGUUUUGUGGUUCUCCUUUAGCAUGAGGCCCAAUAUUUUCCUUGGAACUUGUGAAGGAUCCACUCAGUAUAAGAAGUGGUAUUUUGAGGUGAUGGUGGACCACGUGGAGCCGUUCAUCUCAGCUCAGCCAUAUCACCUACGUGUGGGUUGGGCUCUGACAGAGGGAUACAGUCCUUACCCCGGUGGAGGAGAGGGUUGGGGCGGCAAUGGCGUAGGGGAUGACCUCUACUCCUAUGGUUUUGAUGGACUUCACCUCUGGUCAGGUAAAGUAAAGCUAAUCAUAGAUAAAUAUGUAUUUAUUGCCUUAUAAUUAAAUCUUAUCUUUUGCAUUUGUGCCUUUACAACUUAGUUUUCCUACAAGUCUACAAGUCAUGUAGAUCAGGUCUGCACAACAGUAUCUACAUUGACUAUUAGGUGUUAAUUCAUUUCACAGGUCGUGUGCCACGCCAUGUUGCUACACCCAACCAACACGUCUUGGCAGCAGAGGAUGUCAUCAGUUGUUGUUUAGAUCUGAGCGUGCCCAGUAUUUCUUUCCGAAUCAACGGCCAUCCUGUCCAGGGCAUGUUUGAGAACUUCAACCUGGAUGGCUUGUUCUUCCCCGUUGUCAGCUUCUCUGCGGGCGUCACGUAAGCUAUGACGAAAUAAAAACUGAAGGAUUAUGACAAAGUCUUUCUUGUUAAAUCAAAUAAUGAAUUAUUCUACUCUGGCUGCCAGGUUGCGUUUUCUGCUCGGAGGGCGUCAUGGAGAUUUCAAGUUCCUCCCUCCUCCAGGCUACGCUCCGUGUUAUGAAGCAGUGCUGCCAAGGGAUCGUUUGCGGAUUGAACCCAUCAAGGAAUAUAAACACGAUUUCGAUGGUGUCCGUAAUUUGUUGGGUCCCACUCAGUCUCUCUCACAUACCGCUUUCACUCCCUGCCCUGUAGACACAAUACAGGUAAAAUACAUGUUCCACCUCAUUUUCCUUUUGGCUCUUCCACUGCACCUUUUUCACCUACACCUUUACAUCACCUUUUCAGAUCGUACUUCCUCCUCAUUUGGAGAGAAUUCGAGAGAAGCUUGCUGAAAACAGCCAUGAGUUAUGGGCCGUCACUCGCAUUGAGCAAGGGUGGACCUUCGGGCCAGUGAGUGCUUUUAGUGUUCCUGACUUGUUGCUCAGAAUUUGUUUUACACUCUAAGAAUUCGUCAGACAUUCUUCCUUUUUGCUUUCAUCAAGUUUCGUGAUGACAACAAGAAGCUGCACCCAUGUCUGGUAGAUUUCCAGAGUCUGCCUGAACCAGAGAAGAACUACAAUUUAGCAAUGUCAGGAGAGACACUCAAGUAAGCUGGUGCCUCCUCCUUAUAAACAGCAUUAUUCUUUUAUCUCUGUGUUUAAUGCCUCUUGUGAUUCAUUUCAAAGGACUCUGCUGGCACUGGGCUGUCAUGUAGGAAUGGGGGAUGAGAAAGCAGAGGAGAAUCUGAAAAGGACCAAACUUCCAAAAACGUGAGUUGCAAACCAUCAACAUGUUUACUGUUAGUGGCCUUGCCCCACAAGAUCAGUUCUCAUCAAAAUGAAUUGUUUAUUAGUUACAUGCAGAGCAGUGGAUAUAAACCGGCCCCUCUAGACCUCAACCAUGUCAAGCUAACUCCAAAUCAGAACACUCUGGUGGAGAGACUGGCAGAAAACGGGCACAAUGUCUGGGCAAGAGACCGAGUUCGCCAGGGCUGGACAUACAGUAUUGUGCAGGUAAAGUCAUUUAUAUGUGCUGCUCCAUGUUGCCACAAUAACUGAAAUUGGAAGUAUCUGCAGGGGAGAGUUUUCGGUGAUUUUAUUUUUUCUUUAUUUUUGCAUAACUGCUCUAAUUUUUAUAUUUGGUAGGAUAUAAUGAACAAGCGCAAUCCCCGUCUGGUUCCUUACAACCUGCUGGAUGAAAAGACGAAAAAGACCAACAGAGACACCGUUUGUGCUGCUGUUCGCACUCUCCUUGGAUAUGGUUAUAAUAUAGAACCACCUGACCAGGAGAGCAGUAAGUUUGCACAGUUUUCUAUUAGUAAGAUGACAGGAAUUUGGACUCAAGACUCAAGUUAAAUAAUUCUUGAAGUUACAAGUGUACAUCGCUGUGUUUUUGUUAUUGCAGGCGGGGAUGGACCAGGCUGCUCCCGCGGAGAUAAGAUCAGAGUGUUUAGAGCAGAGAAGUCUUACGCUGUCACACAGGGGAAGUGGUACUUUGAGUUUGAGGCUGUGACCGUUGGGGAGAUGAGAGUGGGCUGGGCUAGACCGUGUGUUCGCGCAGACACUGAACUUGGUGCGGAUGAGUUGGCCUACGUCUUCAAUGGUUUCAAGGUGGGAGUGAGACGUAUUUUAUAUGAUUAAGAAAGACUGGAAAGGUAAGGUAAGUCUCUAAAACUGUCAGCUUUCUGUUUCAGGCCCAACGCUGGCAUGUGGGGAAUGAGCCAUUUGGCCGUCAGUGGCAAUCUGGUGAUGUGGUGGGUUGUAUGAUUGAUCUCACAGAGAUGAACAUCAUGUUCACACUCAAUGGAGAGAUGUUGAUCAGUGACUCAGGAUCAGAGAUGGCCUUCAAGGAUAUUGAGGUUGGAGAGGGUAAGUACUGCAGCUACUGGUGGUAAACUCAUUUUGAAGUCAAGACACUGUGGUAUCCUGUUUAAUUGUGAUAAUUCAUUCACGUGUACGACACACCCCAGGCUUCAUACCUGUGUGCAGUCUGGGCCUGUCUCAGGUUGGCAGGAUUAACUUGGGUCAGAAUGUCAGCAGCCUUCAAUACUUCACCAUCUGCGGCCUGCAAGAGGGAUUUGAACCCUUUGCCAUUAAUAUGAAAAGAGACAUCACCAUGUGGUUCAGCAAGAGUCUUCCUCAGUUCAUCAACGUACCUACUGAUCAUCCCCACAUUGAGGUAUGUGUUGGUUUGAACUGAGAUAUCUUUUGUGUUCCCUGUCACCUUACUCCCUUUUCAUAUGCUUUAGGUGUCCCGCGUCGAUGGGACAGUGGAAACAGCCCCUUGUCUAAAAGCGACCCACAAAACCCAUGGAUCCCAAAACGCCAACACAGAUCUGCUGUUCUUCAGACUCAGCAUGCCAGUUGAGUUUCACGAGACCUUCAAAGUCCCAGCUGGGACUACUCUCCUUACCCGCGCCUUGACUAUACCUGAGGAUGAGGUGGUGGAAGUGGACCCAGACUCUGACUUUGAAAUACUGAAGAAGUCGGCAACUCGCAAAGAGCAGGAGGAGGAGAAGAAAGAACCGUCUGUGCCUAAAGAGAUCCCUGCUGCCAAGAAUGGAGAGAACGAGAAGGAUGCUUCCACGGAGAAGAGCAAAAAGAAAGGGUAGAUAAUGAGAAAAUGGAUGAAUUCAAGUUUAGGAGGACUCAGCGAGAGUACUGGAUUUUUAUUAUGAUAUCUAAUUGUUGUUUACAGAUUCUUCUCCAAGGCCAAGAAGGCUGCAUUAAUAAAUCCACCCCCUGUUGUUCCCACAAUGCCUCGCUUGGUAGAAGAUGUGGUGCCUGACGAUAGGGAUGAUGUCGACAUUAUCCUCAAUACCACUACAGUAUGAAUGUUCCUAAGAUUAUUUUGUUUAUAACCUAUGCUGUUUACUCAAAAUGUAAUCAUUCAUUAACAACAACAAAAAAUUAUUAGAAUAAAAGCAGUAUUUUUACAUUGAAGUUUUUUUGUCUGUACUGUUACAGCUCAAACAUCUGUGUUAGACCAUCUUGACUACAAAAUAACUUUAUUCCACACCAAUGUCCUAUUUUUUUUUACUAGUACUACUAUUCUGUGCGAGUGUUUGCGGGGCAGGAGCCCAGUGGUGUGUGGGUGGGCUGGAUCACCCCUGACUAUCACCAGUAUGACCUUCACUUUGACAUGAACAAAGUGAGGAACGUAACCGUCACUGUAGGUGAUGAUAAAGGCAACAUACAUGACAGGUAUGUCGAUCUAGUAAACGAGAUGUAAGAAUAGUUUUUGUCUUUAGAAAUGAUCAACAUGUGAUAACUGUUUGUUCCUCAUCUUCAUGUCUUCCCCCAGUAUUAAACGUAGUAACUGCUACAUGAUAUGCGGAGGGGAGUUCAGCAGCUCUCAGCAGACCAGAGUGAGUCAAGAGGACUUUAUAAUUGGCUGCCUCAUUGACUUGGACACAGGACUCAUGACUUUCACUGCUAACGGAAAAGAGAUCAACACAUUUUACCAGGUCAGCAAUGUUUCACUCGUGUGUUUAUACAGUACUUCAUAAGGUCUACUUAAAUAAUGCAAACAUGAUAUUUUUGCUUUUUGUAGGUGGAGCCCAACACCAAACUGUUCCCAGCAGUCUUUGUUCUUCCUACCAGCCAGAAUAUGGUUCAGUUUGAGUUAGGCAAACUGAAGGUUGGUAACGAAUGGUCUCAGUCUAAAUCCAGACUUCUGCACCACUUGGCCAACUUUGCUCUGUUCCUGUUUCUAUCAUCCAUAAUUUCUCUAUCUUUCCAGAACAUAAUGCCGAUUUCAGCAGCCAUGUUUCGCAGCGAACGCAAGAACCCUGUCCCCCAAUGCCCCCCAAGACUUGAUGUUCAAAUGUUAACCCCAGUCAUCUGGAGCCGCAUGCCCAACAAUUUCCUGGCUCCAGAGACCGGCCGUGUUAGUGAGAGACUGGGCUGGAUGGUGCAGUGCCAGGAGCCGCUCACUAUGAUGGCUCUCCACAUCCCUGAAGAGAACAGGUCAGAGCUGCAUCACACGGUAUAUCAGACAAAUUCCUGAGAAUUAUCAGCGUAAUUAAUUCUCUUGCACCUUCCAGAUGUAUUGACAUCCUGGAGCUGUCUGAACGCAUGGACCUGCUGAAGUUUCACUAUCACACUCUGAAGCUGUACGGCUCAGUGUGUGCUCUGGGGAACAAUCGUGUUGCUCACGCUCUGUGUAGCCAUGUGGACGAGUCUCAGCUCUUCUACGCCAUAGAGAACACCUACCUGCCCGGACCAAUGAGGAGCGGCUUCUAUGACCUGCUCAUCAGCAUGCAUCUGGAGUCUGCCAAGAGGAACAGACUGGGAACCAACAAGGAGUUCAUAGUUCCAAUGACAGACGAGACACGCGGUAUCACCCUGUACUAUGACAAAUCUCAGGCCUUACCUGGAGUUGGCCUCACAACGUGUCUGCGCCCCAAGCUUCAUUUCUCCUCCGUUGGGUUUGUAGGAACAGAUCCAGACAUCUACACUCUGAGCCCAGUUAUUCCCUUACAGGUGAGAUUUGACAGAUUUGGCAUUUUAAGAGAACAUUUAAAACCCCUGGACUUAUAUAUUUGCUUGUAUUUGCAGGUUUUGAAGACCAAAGCCUUGAACAUGCUAAUUGAAGCUGUUCAAGAUGGAGGUCAAGCCAUGAGAGAUCCUGUGGGAGGAAGUGUUGAGUUUCACUUUGUUCCAAUCCUGAAGCUCAUCAAUACGCUCCUCAUCAUGGGUGUAUUUGAUGAUGAAGAUGUCACACACAUCCUGAAGAUGAUUGAGCCCACUGUCUUCAGUGCCAAGAAGGCAGAGGAGCCUGCUAAGGAGAGCCCCAAGGCGAAGGAAGAGAAGGAACCGCCAAAAGAUGAAGCUGUGAAGGAGGAAGAGCAGGCGGGAUUGGAGGAGGAGGAAGAAGAAGAAUAUGAAGAUGAUGGCUUGGGUGAAGAGGAGGAAGAAGAAGAAGAAGUGGAGGAAGAGGAAGAGCCUGAGCAGACAGAGUCCGUUGUACCUCAUGAAGAAGUGACUGAGGAGACAGAGCCGGUGAAUGGUGAGAAAGGAGCAGAGGAAACGGAGAAGGAGGCUAAAGAGGAGAGUAAAAAAGAAGAUCUGGAGCAAGGACUUUUCCAGAUGAAGCUCCCUGAGUCCGUCAAAUUGCAGGUUUGAUUUUUCUUCUGCUGAUUGUGAACUAAAAAGUUUUGCCCAUGUCAUGAUCGUGUUUAUGUGGAAGCAAAAAGUUUAACUGCUCUUUUUUUGCCUUUAGAUGUGUACCUUACUGCAGUAUUUCUGUGACUGUGAGCUACGCCACAGAGUUGAAGCCAUCAUCGCCUUUUCAGACCAGUUUGUGAGCCAGAUACAGUUCAACCAGAGGCACAGAUACAAUGAACUUAUGCUGGCUUUCACUAUGAGCGCAGCCGAGACUGCUCGCAAGACACGUGAAUUUCGCUCCCCACCACAAGAGCAGGUACAACCAUUUCGUACCAGCACAGUGACGGAUCAAAAGAAACUUGGAGGAUUGUUCAAAUACAGUAAAUAUCUUUAUUUUUUGUGCAGGUAAACAUGCUCAUGAACUUUAAGGGCUGCCCUGAUGAUGAAGAGUGCCCUGUACCUGAUGAGGUCCGCGAAUCUCUGCUGGCUUUCCACAAUGCUCUGCUGACACACUGUGGUCAGUUUUUAUCCAGAGUACCAAGUUUACCUACAUUAGAACUAUAAAUGACUAACACAUCAAGAAAAACUACAGAGUGAUUUAAAAACAUGCCUUUCAGGUGUUCAUAUUGAGGAAGAAGAGGAAGAGGAAGAAGUUGAUAAUUCACUUCGUGGGCGACUGCGCAGAUUGUUGGAAAAAGUGAAAUCCUUCCGCAAUAAGAAGGUUGACGUGGAGCCGGAGCCGCAGGAGGAUAAAAAACCAAGUGAGCCUCUUGUUUGUUCCAUGACGCUUAGAGCUGUAUCAACAUCUGUCAGGGAGAAAUAAAAAAACACACUUUGUUUAGCAAUGAAAGACAAAGGAUCAGGUUGUAGCCACCUCCACACUGAAAUGUUUAACACAGACGUAAUUACUUACUAACUCUCUGUUCCCGAUUUUUAAGGCACCCUGCAGGAGCUGAUUUCACACAGUAUGAUCCAUUGGGCCCAGGAGUCGUUUAUUCAAAACCCAGAGUUGGUGCGUAUGAUGUUCAGCCUCCUUCACAGGCAGUAUGACGGGCUGGGGGAGCUUAUGCGUGCCCUCCCCAAGGCCUACACCAUUAACCAAGUAUCUAUCAACGACACCAUGGACCUGCUCGAGUGCUUAGGUCAGAUCCGCUCACUGCUUAUUGUUCAAAUGGGUCCAGAAGAAGAAAGGCUGAUGAUUCAGAGCAUCGGGUUGGUUUAACAUUUACUCCAUCCUGAAUAUUUGUCCUUCAAGCAAAAUUAUUAAUCACUUCAGUAUUAGUAACUUCAUUUUGGCUUCUUUAUUGUACCUCCAUAGGAACAUCAUGAGUAACAAAGUCUUCUAUCAGCACCCUAACUUGAUGCGAGCCCUUGGCAUGCAUGAAACCGUCAUGGAGGUCAUGGUUAACGUACUUGGUGGUGGAGACUCAAAGGUAUACUUUUAUUAAACUUUAUUUGUCAUGUUCAAGUAACACAUACACUUUCUAAUUUACCACAACAUACAAAAAAAUGUUUUAACUUUGUUUGUAAAACACUUCCUUUCAAUAGGAGAUCAGAUUUCCCCGAGUGGUGACAAACUGUUGCCGAUUCCUCUGCUAUUUCUGUCGCAUCAGUCGUCAAAAUCAGCGCUCUAUGUUUGACCAUCUCAGCUACCUCCUCCAGAACAGUGGCAUUGGUCUAGGUGAUUAUCCUUGUUUAGUAGCAGCAUUAUUCUCUGUUUUUGUUUUGUAAUUUUUGUGACGUAUGACUUGUUAUAAACCGGACAUUAUGUGCGGUUCUGUAGGAAUGCGGGGCUCCACUCCGUUGGAUGUGGCUGCAGCUUCUUGUAUCGAUAACAACGAGCUGGCAUUGGCUCUUCAAGAGCAGGACCUAGAAAUGGUAACACAACCUACUAUUCAAAAUCAAACAAAUUAAUAGAAGAAAUUUUCUUGAUCGUUUUGGUUUUCUUACAUCUUUCAAGGUGGUGAAAUAUUUAGCUGGAUGUGGACUUCAGAGCUGUCCAAUGCUGCUGUCCAAAGGCUACCCUGACAUUGGCUGGAAUCCUUGUGGUGGAGAGAAGUACCUCGACUUUCUACGCUUUGCUGUAUUUGUCAACGGUAUGAUUUUGACUUUACCCUAUUUGCAGUAUUGUCUCUAUUUUCCUCCCUUAUUGGUCACAUCAAACACAUACUCUCAUCUUAUCUGCAGGAGAGAGCGUAGAAGAGAACGCCAAUGUGGUGGUGCGGCUCCUCAUCCGCAGGCCUGAGUGCUUCGGUCCGGCCUUGAGAGGGGAGGGUGGAAACGGUCUUUUGGCUGCAAUAGAGGAGGCCAUCAAAAUAUCAGAGGACCCUGCGAGGGAUGGCCCCAGUGUGAAAAAAGACAGACGCUUUCCCAUGUAAGAGGUUUCAGAUUUGUCUGAAGGUUUUCUGAUCAUAUUGAGGAAGACUUUUGUGAUUUUUUUAAAUCACUGUCACUUUUUGGUUCCAGGUUUGGGGGAGAGGAGCAGCAUGAGGAGAACAGGGUGCAUCUGGGUAAUGCGAUCAUGUCCUUUUACUCAGCCCUGAUUGACUUGCUUGGACGCUGUGCACCAGAGAUGCAUGUAAGCUGAUAAAAAUAGCUAAAUAACAUGAUGAACUUAGUACAGUGUUGAGAGAGAAUAAAAUACAGCUCUAGUUGAAAAUGUCUGUGACUGUCUCAACAGUUGAUCCAGGCUGGUAAGGGUGAGGCUCUGAGGAUCAGGGCCAUCCUGAGGUCACUGGUCCCUCUUGAGGAUCUGGUGGGAGUCAUCAGCCUCCCAGUCCAGAUUCCUUCUUUUGGAAAAGGUAACACAUGAAGAACGCAGAACUCAUUUAGUUUGGUCAACACAUGGAGAAUAGUGUCCAAAUCUGAAAUAGCACUAAUUUUCAUAGUCUAAGCAUCCUUUGUUAUUAUUUCACCAACUUAUUUGUAUUACAACUUUACAUGUCAUUUACAUCCUCCCUAAAUAUUUUCCCUGUCACGCCCAGACAACAGCAUCAUAGAACCAAAGAUGUCUGCAAGUUUUGUCCCUGACCACAAGGCUCCCAUGGUUCUGUUCCUGGACAGGGUUUAUGGUAUUGACAACCAGGAUUUCCUUCUCCAUGUACUGGAGGUGGGCUUUCUGCCAGACAUGAGGGCGGCUGCCUCCCUGGACACGGUGAGCUUUGAAGGGUUUUCAAAGCUACAGUUGUAUGUUUAUGGGUAAGGUGCAGCAGGAUUGUAACCUCACAAUAUUUACAGCUACUGUUUCUGUUCGACAGGCUGCUUUUAGCACCACAGAGAUGGCCCUCGCUUUGAACCGCUACCUGUGCUCUGCUGUUUUGCCACUCAUCACCAAGUGUGCCCCACUCUUCGCUGGAAGUGAUCACAGAGCUAUAAUGAUUGACUCCAUGUUGCACACAAUCUACCGGCUGUCUCGUGGACGUGCUUUCACCAAGGCCCAGAGGGACAUCAUUGAAGAGUGCCUCAUGGCUUUGUGCAAGUGAGAUUUAUAUCAUGGGAUACCGUUGAAGUCACUAAUUAUCAUGAGGGUCAUGCUGAGGUUGAUUAAAUUCAUCUUUUUUUAAGACAUCUGCGCCCCUCCAUGCUUCAGCACCUGCUCAGGCGGCUGGUGUUUGAUGUGCCCAUCCUCAAUGAGUAUGCGAAAAUGCCACUGAAGGUAUGAAGCUCUGACUCUUUCACCCACUUCCUAAUUUGUGUGUUUGCUUUCCGUUUUCUGAAUUUACAUUAUUACAUCUUUUUUACUUGGCAUCGUUCAGCUCCUGACCAAUCACUACGAGCGGUGCUGGAAAUAUUAUUGCCUCCCUAAUGGUUGGGCCAACUUUGGAGUAGCAUCAGAGGAGGAGCUGCAUCUGACCCGCAAGCUGUUCUGGGGGAUCUUUGAAUCUUUAGCACACAAGGUUGAGCUCCUACAGCAUGACAUUUUUCUGUCCUGAAUAUUUGAAGGGAUGUUGUGGAUAUCCUGAUGUGUGUUGUUUUUGUGCUUCCAGAAAUUUGACGCUGAAAUUUUCAAGAUUUCUAUGCCGUGCAUUUGUGCCAUUGCUGGGGCCAUUCCUCCUGACUAUGUAGACGCAAGCUACUCCUCAAAAACAGAGAAAAAGGCUUCAGUAGACGCUGAAGGAAACUUUGAUCCCAAACCAGUAGAGACCACAAAGUAAGAAGAGUGGUGUUAUUUUGUUUAUACAUUAUACAUUUAUACUGAAGUCAAAUAAACUGUGAUUCUUCUUCAAACCACAGCACCAUCAUCCCUGAGAGGCUGGAUCCCUUUAUUAACAAAUAUGCUGAAUACACACAUGAUAAAUGGGCCUUUGAAAAGGUAAAAAGUCUGACUUCGCACUACAGUGGUGUAACAGUUUUUAAAACAAAUUCAGAAGCAUUAUGCUGAGCUAGUUUUGGCAAAACAUCAUGUGAAAGGAAGCACAGGAAUUAAUUCUGUUUUUCAAGUUAAAAAAAGACUUAAACACAAUUUUGAUGCACAUGUGUUUUCCAGAUUCAGAGUAACUGGUCGUAUGGCGAGGUGCUGGAUGAAAACGCAAAAACUCAUCCCAUGCUCAGACCAUACAAAACCUUCUCAGAAAAGGUAAGUUCACGAUCACUGCAUGCAUUUUCCAUCGACUGUCUCGGCUUCUCUUUACACGUACGUUUCCCUCGACAGGACAAAGAGAUCUACCGUUGGCCAAUCAAAGAGUCAAUCAAAGCCAUGCUUGCCUGGGAGUGGACCAUUGAUAAAGCAAGAGAGGAAGAGGAGUCGGAGAAGAAAAAGGCUGCAUCGCGGAAAAUCUCACAGACUGCUCAGGUAUGGAGAAUUUUGUUAAAUGAUGUGAUACUUUAUAAUGUUAUCACAACAUAUAAUAAUGAUACUUUCUGCUCCAGGCAACCUAUGACCCGAGCCAUGGCUACAGUCCACAACCCAUUGAGAUAACACACAUGGCUCUUUCAAGAGAUCUGCAGGUACAACAGUUACUAUCUUGACCUAAAUAUCAUAGCAUAAUCAUAGCAUGGAAACAAUAUUUAUAGUUUAUAUCCUUUCAUAGUCUAUGGCAGAGCAACUUGCUGAAAAUUACCACAACACUUGGGGACGUAAGAAAAAGUUGGAGCUGCAGGCUAAGGGUAAGAUGUUUUUUUUUUUAUUCGAAGGAAUCUAGAUGUGAGGAAAAUGAGCGAGUUAAUGUUUAUGUGUUUUCCUCAGAAAUUAUGAUCACACCUCUGUUUGUGUAGGAGGAGGAACACAUCCUUUGCUGGUGCCCUAUGACACUCUGACAGCAAAAGAGAAAGCACGAGACAGAGAGAAGGCUCAUGAGCUGCUCAAGUUCCUCCAGCUUAAUGGAUAUGCUGUUACACGGUAACUCUGCAAAAUAACUCUGUGUGUAGAAAGUUAAGCAGAGACAUUUUUCACACUAAAAUUUGUGCAUUUACUGGUGUGUUUUUUGUUGAAUACACAAGUUCAGCACACGAUUACAGCAGUAGCUUACGUUUUUAUCAUGAUGAGUCUAAAGUUAUUCAGAAGACACAACACAGAAAAAAGUGGCUGCAUGCACAGUAACUUUGCCAUUUUUGAAUAAACUGAAGUAAGUCCACAAAUCAAAAGUAUGAAAACAAAAUUUCCUUAAAACAUCAAGCCAGCAAUUUUCAAAUAGUAAGUACUCUUGUGUACCAUUUUAAGCUAUUUCACUGUAAGGGGGCCAAAUGUAUCAUCAGUGUAAGUUGAUCAAUGUAAAAGCUAAAAGUGGAGUUUUUAAAUGUCCAAGUACGGAGCUUUAGGAGUUAAACUCUGUUUUGCUUCAGGGGUCUGAAAGACAUGGAGUCGGACAUCUCAUCCAUCGAGAAAAGAUUUGCGUAUGGUUUCCUGCAGAAGCUGUUGAAAUGGAUGGAGAUUGCCCAGGAGUUCAUCGCUCAUCUUGGUACUGUGGGGCACGGAUGAGGAAAUAAUACUUCAGCAUCUGAAAGUGUCAUUUAGAGUUAGUCUUUGUCACUAUUUGAAACCAAUACUUCCCUGUUUUGUUUAUGUUUCGUACAGAGGCUGUAGUAAGCAGUGGACGAGUGGAAAAGUCUCCUCAUGAGCAAGAAAUCAAAUUCUUUGCCAAGGUGAGACUUAUCGUGUAAAGCUGGAGAUUCAUCAUACCAAAGACCUGAUUGGCCCGUAUUGUUAAUGUGAAACUUCUAUGUGAUCCUCACUUUCAGAUCUUGAUGCCUCUGAUCAACCAGUAUUUCAAAAACCACUGCCUUUACUUCUUGUCCACUCCUGCCAAAGUUCUGGGUAGUGGAGGACAUUCUUCAAAUAAAGAGAAAGAAAUGAUUGCGAGGUAAUCCCCUUCUCUCUUGUAAAGACACAAAACUGUAUUGUUUCUUUUAUUUUUCAUUUACCACUUUCACCUUUUUAUAAGCACUUCUUUAUUCUUUCUUUUUUUCCUUUCUUCCUUUACAUUUCCUUUUCAACAAAGUAUCUUCUGUAAAAUGUCCGCUCUGGUGAGACACAGAGUUUCUCUUUUUGGUAAGAUGCUUGUUUUUCUAUGUCAGUCCUUCUGGAUCUUUUCACUCUUUUCUGUGUUUCUCAUGUAUGUAUUUGGCUAUAAAACACUAUCCACUCAACCAGGUUGGAGUGCAUUUGCUCUUGAUUGACUGCUUAAACCUUUGACAUUCACAUUACGAUUUGUGCAGGAACGGACGCUUCAGCAAUCGUCAACUGUCUUCAUAUUCUGGCCCGAUCACUGGAUGCAAGGUAUAGUGUUAUCAGAUUAAUAAAAUGCAUAAAAGCUGUAAAAAAUGUUUUUUCACCUUUUUCUUGCGUUAUCAGGACAGUGAUGAAGUCCGGACCAGAGAUCGUGAAAGCAGGGCUGCGAUCUUUCUUUGAGAGCGCAGCUGACGAUAUAGAGAAGAUGGUUGAGAACCUGAAACUAGGGAAAGUUUCUAAAGGAAAUCAGGUAGGAAAAAUGGAAGAUACAUUCUUAUAAUAUUCCUCAAUAAUCAUCCCUGUUGUUUGCAAAAAAGAAAAUAAAAAUUAUUGUCUCUUAAAUGUUCAAUGCUGUGCCUUGUCGUCUGUUUUAAGCAAGUGAAAGGCGUCUCUCAGAACAUCAACUACACCACCAUCGCCCUGCUCCCCGUGCUCACCUCCCUGUUUGAUCACAUCGCUCAGCACCAGUUUGGAGACGAUGUCAUGUGUGAGUGGUUUCACUGAAAGCACUGCUUUUCAAUUUUGCACUGUUUUGUUUAUUUAAAGAAAUCAUCCUGACACUGCUGUAAUUCUCACUGUUGCUCGCACACAGUGGAUGAUCUGCAGAUGUCAUGCUACCGUAUCAUGUGUAGCAUCUACUCCUUGGGAACAGUCAAGAACCCACAUGUGGAGAGGUAAGUCUGAAUCUGCAAACAUAAGAUUUUGUUAAGUACUAAUAAAAAGAGACUCAUGGUAUUUAUUUUUUUAAAUAUUUUCAGGCAGAGACCAGCUUUAGGAGAGUGUUUGGCUCAUCUUGCAGCAGCUAUGCCUGUCGCCUACUUAGAGCCCCAUCUGAACGAAUUUAAUGCUUUCUCUGUCUACACCACAAAGACACCCAGAGAGAGAGCCAGUGAGUACAUUACUCUUUCCAAAGAUUAUUUUCCUCUCUUUUAAACGUUGCUCUGAUUUGUCUGUCUUUUUUUCCUAUUUUAAACCACAAAGUCUUGGGCCUUCCCAAUGAGGUGCAAGAGUUAUGCCCAGACAUCCCAGAACUAGAUAUUCUUCUGAAGGAGAUCGGGGACUUGGCAGAGUCCGGGGCUCGUUACACAGAGAUGCCUCAUGUGAUUGAAAUCACUCUGCCCAUGCUGUGUAACUACCUUCCUCGCUGGUGGGAGAGAGGACUUGAGAACUUCCCUGAAAUGGAAAGCAAAAUCUGCACCGACGUCACAUCUGAACACCUGAAUCAGCUACUAGGCAGCAUCAUGAAAAUUGUCGUCAACAACCUGGGUAUUGAUGAGGCCUCUUGGAUGAAGAGGUUGGCAGGUAAGCUAUGUUUAACACCUUUAAAGUCCCACUUCGAUAGUUUUUUUUUUACUACUUCAAGUAUUCUCAGUGGUCUUUAAAUUGUGAUUAUGAAGUUUUUCCAGAAAAUCGCGUUACGUGUGUCAUUUUCAAGGUCUUUUCCUCUGUAGAGCUCCAGUUGCUCAUUAGCAAUUCACCUCUGAAUUGUGGGCAGAGGCAGCGCUGCUCUGCACACUUCUCUUCAUGCUAGCUUUUAGACUAACAUUGCCUGUGUAGUAGAAGUGGCAGGUAACACAGGAGCUGUUCAGCUCUGGGGCACUGAUGUCUUUGGGGACACGAUGAAAGCUGAUAUCAUAACUAGCUUUCUUACGAGCAUUGCAAUCCACGGACACACAUGCUUGUUCUCUGGCUCUGAUCAUCCUCUGUAUUCCUCCUCUAUAUGCAGAGUGUGGCCUGCAUAGUGGGGCUCCAGGGGGAUUGGUUAUGUAUGAAAUCUCACUGUUUCUGAACCUGCUGUUUCUGCCAGAGAUUCACAGAGAUUUGAAUGAAGAAAUACUCAGAAAAGCAAUUUUGGAUUUUGUUUUCUCAUGAUAUUUCCUGUAGCAUCAGAAAAAUGUCAUAUCUUCAUAUGACAUAUGACAAAAAACAAGAAAAACAUGAUUUUCAUCGUAUUGGGUCUUUAAAUAGUCAUAGUGUAAAAGAGAAGUCAUAUAGAUGAGUUGACAAUUGACAUUUUUUUCUCUCCCAGUGUUUUCACAGCCCAUUGUCAGCAGAGCAAAGCCAGAAAUGCUCAAGUCCCACUUCAUCCCAACGAUGGAGAAGCUGAAGAAACGUACCUCAAAGGUUGUUGCUGAGGAGGAACACCUUCGCAUGGAGGGGAAAUCAGAAGGAGACGAGGAAGACGGCACUAUCCGUGAUGAGUUUGCUGUCCUCUGCAGAGACCUGUAUGCCCUCUACCCUCUGCUCAUUCGCUACGUGGACAACAACAGGUAGAUAACAUUUAAAACAACUCAUUGGAAAACAAUAAAUCCCUGUAUGGAGCAGACAGACAUACUUGUCACAUGUUGUAAAUCCAUCAGAGUAAUAUUUCUCGUUAUAGGGCAAGAUGGCUGACAUGCCCAGAUCCAGAUGCAGAAGAACUCUUCCGAAUGGUUGGAGAGGUCUUUAUUUUCUGGUCCAAGUCUCAUGUGAGUGUGUUUAUUUGGUCUUUAGAUGCGGUUAUUUUGUAGCAGCUUUUAUCCAACACUGUUUACAUACGCCGUCCAUUUUUGUUGUAGAACUUCAAGCGAGAGGAGCAGAACUUUGUGGUGAUGAAUGAGAUCAAUAACAUGUCAUUCCUCACCGCUGACAGCAAGAGCAAAAUGAGCAAGGUGAGUCAACGGAGGGCCGAGCCAGUGCUGCAGUGAGGCAGAUUUAUAGUGUUUUGGAAUUUUGGAUCAUUACUUUCCUUUUUGUCUUUGUGCCCUUGAUGUUUUUUUUAAUCAGUAUAAGAAGCGUCACAUCAAGAAUCAUUUUUGUCUGUUUGUAAAUGUCAUCAUCAUUCAAAACGUCAAAAAAAGGACCAUGCCAGGGUAAAACAAAUGUUUAAGUGCUUCGGUCAUGUCUGAUUUUGGACGCCUGUUAUCAACCUGUUUAUUGGGCGUGGUUACACAUGGCGAAGCUUUUGAUUUUAACUCCCUGUUCAGAGAACACCAGCAGCCCUGUUAACGAUAUUCUCUCUUUGGCUGUCCCUUUCUUCUUUUGUGUUGCGGCUGGGUUUCCAGGGCGGGGACUCAGAGGUUAGACUUUGUUCCUGCACGACCGCUGUGCUGACCGCAUGGCACCUCACUUUGGGGGAGCUUUUCAUCAACCUCUCCAGCACACUGGCACAUCCGAUCCACACACACUUUUAACACAUCGGCAAACACACAACACACACUGAGUGAAUUCUGCACAGACACACACAUGUAGACGUUGCUCUUCCAUUCUGAGAGACAUGACUGGAGAUAAGUGAGUCAGUGCAGGAGUCAGAGCUAUUUGUGAACAUGCAGCUGUGUCUGCUAAGUCAUAUAUAUUUUGCAGUCUGUUAUGAGUGCAACGAAAGUCACUUGAGAAUUCGUCAUUGCUAUAAAUACAGUUAUUUAUAUUAAUAGGAUAUGAAAAUCCUUGUCAGAAGUUGUUUCAAAGGAGGAACAGAUGUACCCAUUUGCACUCUCAUUAUCACCCCUACACGUCAGUGAACGUGUGUCUGCACUGACACACAGAUUUUUAUAUCGUCUCACUCCAAGUCUUAAGACUGCUGUUUAUUUUAGACACAUACUUUACCUUCAGCACAUCAGUUCAUCAGUUACAGAGGAAAAAAACACCACCCACAUGCAGGGUAAAACACUCGCUGUUCUCAUAAAGGAUCACUGGACAAAGGGCAAGCCCCGUCUGCGGGCCAACCCCAGUCCUGCCAGUGUGUGAGGGGGGGAGUCUGGAGGCGCUUGAUGAAAGUACUCAGCUGUAGAGUUGGGCUCAUGGCACUGGGCUGUACACGAAGCCCUAAGUGGCAGUGAGAGCACAGUGCCAUCAUCCUGUCACUGAGUUUGCUCUUUUUUGAUCAUAGCUGAGGUGGAUUCUUCUAGUAUGUCUUUUUGUUAAAGGAUUGUUGACCUGUAGCGUUUGUUAUGCAGCUUUUUGCCACUAGGGGAUGAUGUUAGUCUUCUCUGUGCUCUUUCUUCUCUCCUCCCUGGAAAUGCCAUGGCACAUCAUGGUUUAGUUUCCUUUUUACACUCCCUAGUAUCCACACUAAUACAUGACUUGGUGAUUAAUAUCAUUACAGCAGAUUUUCUUGAAACAAGUUUUGGGUUCCUUCUUUAAAAUGUGCUCAAAUGACCCCGAACCAUCUAACCAAAACAUUAAUUCACUCUUUUAUGAUCUGAAAUGCUUUGCUCCCAGUUUCCUCUGAACUGUCCUGUAACACACUUGCAUCUGGAGCUGAAUUAAAGCAGAGACAUUUGCUGGUGCAUUGGAUAAUCUGCAAUGAAAGCACAUUUUCUUUUAAGAGGAUAGAGAGUGUAACUCCAGGAGUGUACAUGUCUAACAAAGGGAACCAAUAAAAACAUCUGCAUGUGAGGUCAAAAUUCUAAAACUCAAGGGGAGAGUUUACUCUCUAGAGUUAUUGCAAACCAUAAAACCAGUGAGUAGCCCUGAGUAGCUGUGAGUACUCUCUAGUAAUUAGUAAUCUAGUAAUUUUUAUCUAUGUAGAAAUCAGUAUAUCAGUUUAUCAAUAGCAUUGCUAAGUCACCAUGUAAAGGGUAAAUUUCUUGCCACCUAUUUAUAAAGCAUGUAUUUAAAAGACUAAACAUUUACAGAUGCAGUUUUUUAUUGUAAGCUCUCACAGACAUUUGAACAUUUUGGAGGACUUCAGAAAGAGCGGGUGACAGAAGGACUGAACUCUCAAACAAACAGAUCAGGAGCUCAGCAGGAAGUGCAUGGGGUCAUAUUCCUCAGUAGACAGUAGUUGUUUGAUUUUAACUGCCUGCAGAGUCUUAAGAUUAUAAGAUGUUUUUAAAACUUCAUCUAAUAUUCUAAUCUUUCACUAUAGGCACAAUAGAGACAAUUAUAUGCUUGUUUAUGCUACUUAUCUUCUUCAUUGAUUGCUGAACCGACUCUCUUGAAUGUAAUUUCUUUCUUUUGUUUUGCAUGUUUUUUUCAAAUGUAAUUUCACUGGUUUACCUCCUUACGAGGCCCAUUUCCCGCAGCCAGCUAUGCCCCCACUUUGCCCUCGCAUUUCACUAUUCCCUCUACUUACCAGUCAGAGCUCAGAGAAAUAACGAUAUACAUGUGGGAUUUCACAACGGCAUUGAUUUAAUGUAUGAAGUUUGACAGUAAGAUUUUCAGGUGGAAUUUUCAUUGGUGUGUUUUUCUACAACAGAGAGAUCUGUUACUGCAUCAUUAUGUCAUAAAGUGUCUAAGUGCUCUGCCUUCAUUAAGGGACACGGUGAUGUUCAGUAGUUUGUUUUAAUUGAUCAGCCAGCUUUUUCAGGACACAGAAAGCUGCCUGUGUUUCAGUUGAAUAUGCAUGGUAUCACAGCAUAGCAUCAGUUGCAUUUUACUCUUUUUUGCUGUUAUUCCUACUACUUUUGGAAAGUAGUUAAACUUUUUUAUUGAGGGGUUUUAUCCUUGACAAAGACAGCCUGGCACUGAAUUAAGGCUGGAAUGUGUUUGUUUCAGAGAAAAUGUUGUAACUGCGGCAGCAAGCCUCACAUGAUUCUUGGCAUUUCACGAGAUACUUGGAAUGCUGUCUGGUUUAUUUUCCCUUUUUCUUUAGGGUGGAGGUUCAGAUGCCGAACGAACCAAGAAGAAGAAACGUGGAGACCGUUACUCUGUGCAGACUUCACUUAUUGUAGCUGCCUUGAAAAAGAUGCUCCCCAUAGGUCUGAACAUGUGCUCACCCGCUGAUCAAGAGCUCAUCAACUUGGCCAAGAUUCGAUACUCUCUGGUAGUUUUUUAUUACUAUGAAUGAAAUUUAUCCUGAUACAGAACUGUUGUUUAAUUUGUGCAAACUUAAACACCAAAAUAUGCACAGUUUACUUUCAAAGCUGUGAUUGAUAAACAUUUAACUUUCAGAGGGACACUGAUGAAGAAGUUAGAGAAUUCUUGCAAAACAACCUUCAUCUUCAGGGCAAGGUAUAAAUCCUGAUACUACUGAAUACUGUUUGACAUUCCUUUAAGGAGUCAGAUUUAGAACAAAAGAUAAGCAGUCCUGUGACAUUUCAGAAAGCUUUGUCCUCAUGUUGUGCGUAGGUGGACAACCCAUCCAUGCGCUGGCAGAUGGCCCUGUACAAGGAGAUGGCAGGAAAGGCUGAAGAUGCCGAUGCUCCAGUGAAAGUUGUUAAGAGAGUACAGGAGGUUUCUGCUGUCCUCUACCACCUUGAAGUGGUGAGCGGCUAGUUUCAACUGCUGGAAACAUAUAGAGGUUCUCCAGCACAGACUAUAGAAACUUACCGCUGACAUGAAUGGAAAUAACUUAAUGAAUUAGAAUUCACACAACUGAAUCUAGUUAAUUAAAUAAAGUUAUUAUAGGAAUUCAUUUCCAAUUUGCUGAUAUCUACCCUCCCUGGCCUAGACGGAGCAUCCAUUCAAAUCCAAAAAGAUGGUGUGGCACAAGCUGCUGUCAAAGCAGAGACGCAGGGCUGUGGUCGCCUGCUUUCGGAUGACACCUCUGUAUAACAUCCCAAGGUGAGACUUCUGUCUGACUUUUGACAAAACAAGUACAUGUAUAAAAACACUAAUAAAUGUUACUUUUGUUUCCUCCUGCAGACACAGAGCUUCAAACAUGUUCCUUGAAGGAUACAAACGCAACUGGCUUUACUGUGAGGGUUUCUCAUUUGAAGACAGGAUGAUAGACGACUUAUCUGUGAGUGUUUUCCAGCAUCUGUUCGAUCUAUAGUUAGUUUUAUUUGCACCUGAACUCACGCUUUCCCUCUGCCGGGGUUCUAGAAAGCAAUGGAGCAAGAGGAAGGAGAUGAAGAGGAGGAGAGAGAAACGAAGCCUGAUCCCCUCCACCAGCUCAUUCUGCACUUCAGUCGUACUGCUCUGACAGAAAAAAGGUUUGAUAGAGCCUAACUCACAGAAAACUGAGAAUUAAACAUGCAUUAUCCCUUCAUCACCAAGUCUCUUCUCUUGUCCCUGUUUUAGUAAACUUGAUACAGAUCAUCUUUAUAUGGCAUAUGCCGAGAUUAUGGCAAAGGUGAGUCAUCCCAGAGGGUUCUCACUUGAAGUUGAAGGUUGAUAUCUAAGAGUUGGAACCCUCAUAUUUCUGUCUCAUCUUCCCUGUUGUUUCUUUUAGAGUUGCCAUAUUGGUGAGGAAGAAGAAGGUGGAGAGGAAAUGUUGGAAAAUGCUGAAGAUGAGAUGUCCUUUGAGGUGCGACAGUCAGAACUGGUAAUGGGCGGCGAGGGGCUGGGGACCAGGAACACAGUGGAGCGGUAGCUCUCAAUGCAUUGAGUGACCUCAUCAUCAGAGCAUUACUUCACAGCCACAUCCCUCUCUCCCUCUCUCCCUCUCUCUCUCUCUCUCUCUCUGUCUGUCUUUGUUUUGUCUUGUCCUAUCUCUGUGCUCUCUGUUUGUCCUCUGUCUCUUCUGCUCUUUGUUUAUGUCGUACCUCAUUUAUUGUGAGGUGCUGGAUUUUGAAACUUAAAGCUGCAAUCCAGAGGUGCAUAAUAGAUAUGUGAACCCAGAAUCAAAUUAUGAUGUAAAUCCUAUUUCAAUUUGAGUUAAGAUCUUUUUCAAACCCAUGUUUUAAUAAAUAUUACAAUUAUCUAUACAGUAGCUAUGUUCAUACUCUUGUACCCUGAAUCUGGAUUGGAGUCUGAGUAGAUUAGAUUAAUGUCAUUUAACAUCAACAUGUAACAUUAACAGUAACACUGAUAACAUUCAUAUCACUAACUCUGACUUACAUUUGAUAAGGAGAGCUUUAUGACGAUCAGGUAAUGAGUAAUAAAAUAAAAAGCAGCCGAAUCACAGCCAACCAAACUGUCCUCUAGUCCUCUAGUGCAGCUCACAGAUGUUAAACGUACUCACAGAGCUUUAUAUACUUUAUGGUUUACAUAAAAGGACAUACCAGUUGUCACUUUGCAGGCCUCUUAUUCCUUGGUAAAGUUAAGGGGGGGUUAAACACUUAACACUUCGAUUCAUACAGUGCUGAGUGCACCUUGCAAAGCUACUAGAGCCAAUUCAUUAGGAGCUUAAUCGAAAUUUUUGUCAUUGUGACCAAAAGCAGUGUCUUUGUUUAUUGAUUAUGUCUACAUGAUUAAUGUCUUUUAAUAGUGUGUGUGCUUUUAAUAAACAAGGCUUGGGAGUUAGACAUACCUAACAGUCUACACAGAGUCUGGACAUGGUUUUAAGUGUUUUUGGAGAACAUUCAAAUUCAAAAUUUGAUUAAAAAAAUGUGAGUUUUAUGUAACAGAAACUCAUUGAUUAGUGAUGUCAUUCCUCCCAGUUUAUGGCUGUCACAUUGUCUAUUUUUUUCUCUCUCUCUCUCUCUUCAGCGCUUCAUGUAACCUGUCUCACCCUCAUAACACCAGCUUUCAUUAACUGAAUGUCACUGAUCAAUGUUCCCCUCCCCCACUCACAUAGCAUACUGACAGACUACAGUGAAGGCCAGCAUAGAUCAUGCAGUGUUAAAAGGUAUUCAUUCCCACACAUAGUCAUAGUUUGUAAAGUCGAUUCAAUGCUCGACAUAUAAUUCCUAGUUCAGAAUCAGAUAGCCAGGGACUGCAGUGUAAGUUUUAGAUCCAACUGCACCACACAUAGUGGGUAAAGCAUGGCCAGGCAUACGUGGGUGGGGGGAGGGCGGUUGGGUAUGGUAAGGGAGGGAGGGAGGGGAGGCGGGGUGGGUGAUCGGGGCCUGUUUUAGUGUCAGGAUGUGGGAUGCCUUAAGUUGAUUUGUGCGGCUGAGCAGAAAAAUGUUUUGUCCUCUUGAUUCAGAGAUAUUCAUUUGACUGUCUUUUUUGUCUGUAACUGGCAUUUAAUUGCCAGUUGGCUCUUUGCUAUAAUUUAAGAACUGUUAAUUAGCUCAGUUAGAAAGGCCAUAUAGCGCCUGUUCACCUUAUUAACGGAUUAUUUUCCAUAUAAACAUUUCAUAACAUUGAAACACCAAAAGAAUAUCUCUGGCACAGAGGGAUUACAGCUCUUGUCCAAGGUAUCCUAUUUGCAGGUCUGCUGCAAUAAAGACACUUUGGUAAGCUGAUGACUGAAAUGCUUAGCCAGCGGGGCUUUUUCCUGUAGUCUAACGCUUGCUCCAACCAGCAAACGUGAAAAAGUAGUGUAACAACUCCAUGACUAAUAAAGUUACAGAAUGUGUGCUUCAAACAGAAAAUAAUAAACUAUAGUUCAAAUUCCCUUUUAAAGACAAAAUAUUUGGAUAUUUCUGAUAUUUCUAAUCAUGAGGGAAAUAAUUUGUUGAAUAAAAAAUAUGAAUCAGCAUCAUGAAAAGAGAAUUAAUGUAAUUUGUACUUUUUCUAUUGAUUUUUAAAAAUUUAUUUAUAUAUAUUUUAUUAAUGAAUUUAGAUAGAUUAUUUAUUUAACUUGGAAAUAAGUAGAGGAGUCCUCUUUAAAGAUAGCUGUGUAAAGAUGUGUCAUGCCAGAGAUUUGGACCUAGAAACAAUGGUAAGUGGCUCAGAAAGCAGACAGGUGAAAAAGUGAGGGACCUGAGUGGAAGGAGAGAGUGUGAAUUGAAAUUGAGAAUUUUCAAUGGAUAGACUGGAAAACUUUUUGAAUGAGCAUUUUAUUUUUCAACACUUAUAACCAGUUGCACCGGCUUCUGGUGCAACGUGUUGUAGCCGGGCUUGGUCAUUUGGCAAAUAUUUACACAAUGAAGCUGCACAAAUGACUAAGUACAAACAGGACACGCCACACUUAAUGGUUUGUUCCAGGUUUAACUUGAAAAUCAGGUGUAGUACAUUUGUGCUGGUGUGGUGUGUCCUAGCAGCAGUUCUGCACAUUAAACUCAACCUUUAUCCAACAACAACAGCAGAUAUGACCCAACCCUGGUGUUACAAAGCCUAAAUACUUCAUAAAAUGACUAGAAAGAAAGAAUCCAGUCCAUCCAUUUAAAUUCUUUGUUUACAACAAAAUUAGCACCAGAUUCUCAUAAAUUUUUGCCUAAACCACAGGAGAAAGAAAUGGAAAAACAGAGGCUUUUGUACCAGCAGUCCCGACUUCAUAACCGUGGUGCUGCAGAGAUGGUCCUGCAAAUGAUCAGUGCUUGCAAAGGUAGUAACUCGAAUAAAUACUUUAUGAAUCCACUGUGACCCACUUUACUACGGCCAAGUUUAAAAGCUUUGUUUUAUUCUGUUUAGGGGAGACUGGCCCCAUGGUGACCACAACCCUAAAGCUGGGUAUCUCUAUUCUUAAUGGAGGGAACAGUGAGGUCCAACGGGUAUGUGUUCACAUAGCAAAUGGUUUUGUUAUCAUGCAUUAAAAAUUAGGUUUUGAUUCAACCCCCCACCUGCUUUUCUCUGUUAGAAAAUGCUCGAGUACUUGAAGGAUAAAAAGGAUGUGGGCUUCUUCCUGAGUGUCCAGGCAUUGAUGCAGACAUGCAGGUCAGUAUUAGAUCAGUGAACACUGGUACACUUUAAAAAGUAAAACAAUGUACCGAGUUUAAAAAUGCACAUUUCAACUGAGUUUAUGAUUUCUGCAGUGUCCUGGAUCUUAACGCCUUUGAGAGGCAGAACAAGGCUGAAGGGCUGGGCAUGGUUUCGGAGGAGGGCACUAGUAAGUCUUAGUAUUCUUAUAGCAGUCAGUACAUAACAACAUUGUGAUUUUGAAAUAUCGUCAUGCCAUGGAUUAUCUGCAUCUUAUCAGGGAGCAGAUUACAUUUUAAUACACUUACCUCACCAGUUUGAUCACAAAACAAUGUACAGAAACCACCGGGGAUGGGAUCAAAGUGAAGAUGACACAACAUUUUGUCUGAGUGAGGAAUCAAAUGUGUUUAAUUUUCUGCCGUUCAAUUGUUUGGCACAAAAAUAAAGUAAAUGUGAAGGGUUAGUAUCAAAUAAUACUUUCAGACCAACCCCCUCUGCAUCACACUCAGGGGGGAAACUUUCCAAACAUGUUCACCGUCACGGUUUGCCUUUUUUUUUUUUUUUUUUACCAGAGAUGUGAUUUUUUUUUUGGCUCAAAUCUGCACUGAACCAGGUUUAGUUUGAAAACAUGUAACUUUACACCCUUUAUCACCAUGUAUGACCUAAAAACAACUUCAGCAGGUUUUCUCAUUUUACAUUCAGUGGUUCCUUAUCAUGCUGCAUCAUAUUGUUAGUGAUGCAGGAUUUGCUGCUUGUGCACAGUAAGUGGUCCAAAUUCAAGAUUCAAGGUCAUUUAAGGAAAUAAGUCAGGGUUUUCAAAAUGAGAAAUCUGUUUGAAGAAAUAACUGGUCAUGUGGUCUUCUCGUGAGUGGCUGUAAAUAAGGUAAUGGUUGACUCAUCCCCAUUAACAUAAAAAUAAAAGUCAUUAAAUUAAGAUAUGAAUUAAUAGAUACAUUAAGGCCCUCUGAGCAUCUAUUCAUUCAUUCAGAGUGUGACUUCAGUAAAAGCAUAAAUCAAAUUGGAUGAUCAUUUUUCUAACAUGAGGUAUUAUUAACACCUAGAUAACUAUUAGCAGAUUAGAUUGAAGGAUUUUUUUUUUCAGUGUUUUGUGUCAGUAUGUUUCCUAGUCUGACUAGUUGAUUUGGUUUCACCAACUCUUUUCAUGUGAAAUGAAUUUGCCAUGGAAUGUUGUUAAUCUCCCCCUCCUCAUCUCUUAGUCCUCUUCUGUUGUCAACACACUGAUCCUCUCUCCCUUCCCCACGAUCACUGCCACCUCUCCCUUGUCCCUCCUUUCAUGGUCCUCAGACUUGAACCUAGGACGGGGUAAAUCAUGUUUCAGUCCAUCUGCCUCUCUGUCCUCUUACUGCUCUUUCUCUUUACACUGUCCCUCUCGCUCCAUCAUGCCUCCAUCCUACACUAAAAUCCACAAAGAGAGGGUUGGAUGCCUCUGUCCAUCUAUUCAUGUCCACAGCUGGUACCUAUAAUUAUAGUCGUUUGUCUGUUUCUAAAGGAAAGGAAACAUAACCAGCUGUUGUGAAUUGGCAGAGAUUUUUAUUUUUAUUUUGUAAUAGCAGUUUAUUUUUUUUACUUGUCUGAAAAAUGAUCUGAAAUUUUGCCACAACCAUUACAAUAUCAUCCUUUAUAUAAAACGAUGAAAACUGCAGACACAUCGAGUUUGAAAAGAUUUGAAAAUCAUAAAUCUUGUAGAAAAAAAAAAUAAUAUGUUUUGAGAAUAUUCAGGUAUAUUUGAGCAAACAAACUCAUUUACUUAAUUUCCAAAGAUCAAACCAUUUUAUUAUGAAUUAUUUAAUUAAUUUAUUCAUUUAUUUAUUUAGAUCCCCUUUAGCUACUACCUAAGUAGCAGCUGCUCUUUCUGGGGUCCGCAAGAAGACAGUAAACAUCUGUAUAGAUUAAAAUUAAAAGUCCAAACAGGAGAUUUAUACAACAUGUUAAAAUCAUAACUAAAACAAGAAUUAUGAUGAAAUUACAUUUCCAGUUACAAUAGACACCAAUAAAGGCCAAGAUAAAUGUACUAGAAGUCAAAAUCUCAUUGGCAUGUAUUUGUUGAAUGAGUGUAAAAAUCCUUUAAGGAUACACAGUCGAUUUUUUGUCAUGUAAAAUAAAAAGCCUAGCUUCCCAAAAUGGUGGGUCUGAACCCAAAAGUGAGUCACAGAGGCAUUUUCAGUGGGUUACGGUUGUGUACCUGGAAAAAGUCUCUGUUACCUUUGCUUUGAAGGACAAGCAGGUUUAUGGUCCAAUCUGGCAGCUCGUUUACACUCUAAGGUAGGUUGCAGUAAUACACCUUAAAGCUGAAUGACAUCUGUGAUUUAAGGACAAAUUUGAGAUAUUUAGACACCGUUAAGGUCGUGUACGUGGUUCUGAGGCUCGACCAGCUGAUAACCAAUGAACUGAAACUCUGGACUCCUUCAACAUGUUGAUGGACGAUGCCCCAACCUCUCAGUCAUCUAACUCUGCUGUAUCAGAGCUCACUCUCUGUGUGCUGCAUGAUUCUGUGAAUGUGUGUAUUAAUCAUGGCUAGCGGGAUUUUUAAAGUAUGAACAGGUCAAUUGAUCACCAGAGAGGCUUAAGAUGACCGGUUCACUUCUAAUUACUGCGAUGUUUUAACGUUUAUCCUGCCUUUAUCUGUACAACAGUGUCUGCUUAGUCUGUACAUGUUGUUAAUGUGGCUCUAUGUUUUUAUGUGUCUUUGUUUUCAAUGCAAAUUGUUUUCACGUCAAAUGUAAGCAUGUUGUGUCGAGGCCUCCUUUGUGUUGUUAGACAUUUGACGAUGUCGGAUUCAUUGUCAACCCACAGUCAUUCCUGUUCCUUUUUAUUAAUAUUUAUUCAAUGAAGCAUGACUCAUUCUUUCAUUUAAUACGAAAAGAAAAACUCCUGGUCAGAGGUGGUUGUGUCAGUGUGUGGAUCCACUGAGACACGACGGUGAGCUUUGAAAUUGACUUACACUCAGGAAAACUGACUCAGAAAUCAACAGUCAGCCUUUUCGCGUUGAACGUACUCUGAUGCCAACCUGGUUUUAGUUUGUAAUUUAACACUUAUCUCUUCUUUUAGAUGAGAAAGUGAUGGCAGAUGACGAGUUCACCUGCGACCUCUUCCGUUUCUUGCAGCUGCUGUGUGAGGGUCACAAUAACGGUGAGGAUGUCUCAGAUUUGAGUAAAAUUCAGUUUAAAGCUCCAGUGAGGAACUUUUAGUCUGUGUCAACUUUGGCGCCCCCUGUGGACAAAACAGUCUAUACUCAUCUUUUCCUCUACGUGCCUCCUUUUUUUGUGUGUGUGUCUUCAGACAAAAAUCUCAUCCUGCUGCUAUUGUGAAUAUUAUACACGGAGGAUGUAAAAUCAGAGCUGUUUCUUUAGCUGCUUGGCCCCCCUCACUUGUUUCAGGCAUCAAAAAUUAAAAUAUAAAAUGUAUAAAUCUUGUUGCUGAUGGUCCUGUUUACUGUUGUACAUCAUAUAAAGGCAUUCAUAAGAAUUUUUAGUCUAUUUCAUAAAGAUAAAAAAACUCCCCACAGGAGCUUUAAAUCAAUGUUGUAGAUGUCAGUAAAUUAUAAAUGCUGUGAAACAACCCUUUCCUUUUUUUAUUUUUUAUCUGUAGACUUUCAGAACUACUUGAGGACUCAGACUGGCAGCACAACCACCAUCAACAUCAUCAUCUGUACUGUCGAUUACCUCCUGCGACUUCAGGUGCAACUUUUGAUGCUGCCUAAUGAUGGUGAUAUUUGUAAGAAUAGAAAACUAAAGUCAUACAGGGAAUUAUAUUGAAAGAAAAAUAAUCUUCUAAAAAUGUGCUUUUGAAUAUAUAGCUGGUUGAUCAGCCCUAUACAUUCAAUCUUAUUUUAUAACUCCACCUUCAAUCCUGGAUUUUGAGUUGUUUUGAAGUUUCCAUAGCUUUUUAUUUGGUAGCUCAAGAAAGUCAGAUGAUCGGGACACUGUAAGUACGUUGGUAUAGUAUUUUUUGGACUGCAAAGAGUUAUUAAGCCAUAAAUUUUAUCUUUUGAUCUGAUUCGAACAGAAACAUAACAGCAUAAACUUAUUCCAGUGUGGGAAUACUUUACUAACCUCUCAUUUUCCUCAAUCAAGGAAUCCAUCAGCGAUUUCUACUGGUACUACUCUGGCAAGGACGUCAUUGAUGAGCCUGGCAAAAAGAAUUUCUCCAAAGCUAUGACAGUGGCAAAACAGAUAUUCAACAGCCUAACUGAAUAUAUUCAGGUAAUGUGAACGAACUAGGCUCUGAAAUGUAUCUUUUCCCAACUUGGCUUGACUGUAAUUUCUCCUUUCAGGGCCCAUGCACUGGGAACCAGCAGUCCCUGGCCCAUAGCAGGCUGUGGGAUGCUAUUGUUGGGUUUCUUCAUGUCUUUGCCCACAUGAUGAUGAAACUCGCCCAGGUAUGCACAUGAAACAUAAUUUCCUGAUGAACUUAUUAUUCGUCAUAAACAUGUAAAAUAAUGAAACCCAAACUCAUCGUGGCCUUCACGAGUAGACUGAGCUCCCUGACCUCAAGCCUACACUUAUAUAAUACACAUUGACUGAAUAAAUCUGUUGUACAACUUUGAUCUCAUGACAGAUUUGGUUUUCAGUGACCAUGGCAGAAAUCAAUGGUAACCCUGAAAGGCACAAUGCUAUUCAGAGCCAGUCUCACCCAAGCCAUGCAUGAUUGCUUUUCAUGCUCACAUUUGGCCCUUUGCAGUUAUUAAGUUUCUAAAAUGUGAGGUUCAACAUGGCGCUUUGAGUGCAUUAUGUCGGUGGAUAUUCAUUGAAUCACCCAUCAUUGCUUCUCAAAAGUUUCGGUAACACUUUACAGUAACCAUAACUUGUAAAUGGUAAAUAGACCAUUUAUAAAUGGUAAGCAGAUAGUUUAUUAAUGUUUAAUCAUCAUUUAUAAAUAGCAUAAAAACCAUGAAUGAAUUGUAAAUAUUACAAUUUUAAAAACCUAACCCUAACCCUAACUUUACAAUAACCAUCUAAGUAAUGUUUAUAGGUGGUUUAUAAACCACUUAUUAAUCAUUUACAAAGUAUUACAAACAUCAGUUGCAACUUAUAUGCAAUUUAAUGUUUAUAGAUGGUUUAAAAACCAAAUAUUAACCAUUUACAAAGUGCUACUGACACACAUUUAAAUCUAGAUGUUUUACAACCAAUAUUUAAACCCUGUAUACACCUUUAAUAAAUAGUCCAUUAAUAAUUAAUGAACAUUAUUGAUCAUAAUUUCAUUGCUUGUUAUUAGUCAGGUAACUAUUAACUUACAUUAAUAAACUAUCUAUUUGCCAUUUAUAAUUGGUUUAUGUGCUUUUUUUAAAUGAUGAUUAAACGUUUAUAAACUAUCUAUUUACCAUUUAUAAACUAUAGUUAUUGUAAAGUGUAACCAAAGUUUCUGCUUAUGUCCAGUUGAGUUUAUUUUGACUGCAGUUAGAUACACGUAACAGUACAAACCAUACAAAAGCUCCUCACAUGUGCAUGAAAAAGAAAUUAUUCUGCCACAGUCUUAAUUGUGCACAUGCUUGUAAGCUUUUGUUUAAUAUACAGCUACACACUGCACAGAGUACACCUUAAUAUUUCAUCAAGAGAGCAAAGUCACCUGGGAUCUCUUGAUUCCAUAAGUAUUUCAACCAUUUAUUUGUACCUCCAGUUUGAGCUGAAUUCAAUGUCCCCAUAUCUGAAUGGACACCUGAUCAGAUGUCAUAGCAGGAAAAUUACAUUUAAAAUACAAUUAAAAAUCUGAUUUUAAAAUUCAAUAUUUUUUAUAAAGAUACAAAGUCCUCUGAAGAGGGGAACUUUUUAUCUUAACUACUAGGCCUAAAGUGUGGAGGUCAGUUCAUUUCAACCAGUAACCUGAUACCUACAAAUAAAAGGCUAAAAUACUUAAACUGCAAUCAUAUGACUUUUCCUCUCUAUUCAGCACAGUCAUCUUCUCUGGAUAACCGAGGCAAAUGUCAGACCUUUACCAUAGAUAGACAUAACUUUUGCAUGCGUAUCCCUUUAAUCAUACAUGACCAGCCCAACCAUUCUCCAUCCAUAAGCUUCCAGCUCAGCAUACGCUUAACACACAUGAAGCACCUAACUCAAAAUCACUUUCCUGCGCACUGUCCUUCUUGACCUGAUAUGCUCACAAAUUUCAGCUGUUUGCAGCUUUACAGCCAUCACAUUAGAAACAGCCAACCAGAGAACGGGAUAUUUUAGAUGUGUAACUUAAAGAAGUAAACCCUUAUCCCUGUGCAGUAUGUAGAAGAUGUCUUCUGUUAAACUCUGUAUAUCUAUAGCAGCCCAAAUAUUGUUUUAUUUUGAAACAGAAUGUCACACACAAAAGUAUUUGAAAAUGUCAUAAUGUCUUUUACCACUGAAUAAUUUAUGUAUUAUUCAAACUGUCUUCCACAUGGUCAAUGCAGGGUAAAGUAUGUAUCUAUUUUAUUUAUCUAUUGAUGUGAUAUUGUGCUUACUAGUUUAUAAUUUAUUCGGUGUUUGUUUCCCUUAUCAGGUUGUUCUAUACCCACCUGCUUUUAAUGAAGAAAUAGGAUUACUUAAUUUGAAAACGUCAUUAAGGGUUUGUACUGUAUGGAAAACAAAAAACAUCUCAGUCUUAAGAAACAGCCAGACAGGGAUGCAUCGUAACACGCCAUAUGCCGUUUCAACUGUUUGUGCUCCUCUGCAAAGCUAUGAAGGCCUGGCAGGACCCAAUCUAGGCCUCCAAGAGAGUAACUCAUGCACCACCACAAAGCAGUGGUGCCUGAGCACAAACAACAGAGUUUUAGUGAUCCCCUGUUUGUUGGCCUUGUGAGAAUCCCAGCAUCUCUCACCCUGAGUAGCUUGGAAAAUAAAAUUGUGUGUCUAUGGGAGCCCAACUACGACUGUUCACCAGGUAGGUUAAUGCUCCACUGCCUAUCAGGGAGAUGUUUUAUUUAUAUAUUUAUUUAUUGCAUAUCUAGAGUCAGUCUAUGCUGCCUGAGAUUUCCUUUCCUCAUUACCCCUGUAAAACAGCAGAGUUACUUUGUCUGGAUUAGAGUAACCAAGGCUUGUCCUUGGAGCCAUCUCUGGGUGAUGCUCGCUGGUGAGCAGCUGGUAGCUGGGCUCAUAUUCAUAGGGCAAGGCUGUUGUUUCAGAUUGACCACCUUGUAAGUCGCUUUUAAAAUCCAAACGGAAAAAUCACCAAGAAAAGUCACAAAAUCCUACAGCUGAAACAAAAAUAUUACAGAAAUCAUGUCUGUAAGGUCCAGAAAGAAAAGUCCUGAGGGAAGUCUUGAGAUAAAUCUAAAGGUACUACUGUUUAGCUGCAGUUUUGCUUUGUUAAACACAAUUGUUGUGUCCACUCAGUUUUAAUGAACACAAAGAAGCAGGUGGGUAUAAAACUUCCCAAGAGAAGGACUGAAUUUUAACCUCCGCUGUUGGAGUAUACACUUUAAUGUGAUAUUAUUUUGUGUUGGAAUAUACACUUUAAUGUGAGAUCUACUCUGUUUGCACACAUUUGCCAUCUACAUUCACUAAUAACUAACCUUGAGGAAUAUGCACCUUAACUGUUUUGUUUUGUGCUUUGUGGCUUCUGUGUUGCUUUGAUGAUAACACUAUUUAAGUAUUAAUAAAAAGUUUAAUAAAAGUUUAUUUUGACCGUAUACACAUCUGUUGUAUACAUACAGUUUUUCUAUCCAUAUUUUUAUGGAAUUCAAUUCAAAUUCCUACAAAAUUAUCAAAAAGUGUGAAAAGUAAGAGAAUAGUCAAAUGUUCUGAUAUUAAACAAACAAAUCUAUUGAAAACGCAUAUAUCAUUAUCUCUUCUAUUCCUGAUUUUAAGGAUGAAGGAAUACUGAAUUGAAUCAUUAAAUAGUUGGUUUUGUAGUGUUUGUUUACAAAUGAAACCUGUAGAUUUCAUAAGUGUACAGGUUGAGACUGUGAUGUUGUAGAUGUUGCUACAAACCAACAUGUUAAUUCUAUGUCAUAGAUGUUUCAGCUGUUACAUCUAAUGCUCACUGUCAUGAGGAUUUAUACACUAUCAGGAGAGACAGAGAUGACCUUUAACCAGUGAUUUAAAUUUUGUGUGUAGAAGUGUAAAAUUUAAACCACUUGGGUUAUUGUAAAACUGUUGAAACUGGAAAGUUAUGAAAAAAAAGGCUGGUCACAUAAAUUGAAAUCCUAAACUGAUCAUUCCUUCAAAUUCUCUCAGCAUUAGGGUUUUGUCAUUUAACUUGUUUUUGCAGCACCCUUUGUGAAUGCGAGUGUAUGCAAUACACAAUAUCUUGAAUGUACACCUUUUAUCAUAACAUGUAUUUGGCCCACUACACUUGAAUAUUAUUUUGUGUGAUAACAGGUGAUCCCAUCGAAUCAUUAUUGCAUCACUAAAGGCACAUAUAAAGAUCUUCAUUUUUACAAUCAUAUAGGAUCUGCUAUCAUUACUGUAAGUUCUUUUCCAUCUUUUUAUGGUCACAGGACUCCAGCCAGAUUGGGCUGCUCAAGGAACUUCUUGACCUGCAGAAAGACAUGGUUGUGAUGUUACUCUCACUGUUGGAGGGUAAAAGAGUUUUUACCUGUUCUUUUGGUUUCAACAGUUUUCAUCUUUUAUUGUGUUGUUCUCCACAAACCUUUGUUGAUGUUUCUGUGCAGGAAACGUGGUAAAUGGUACAAUCGCUCGCCAAAUGGUGGACAUGUUAGUGGAGUCCUCCAGCAAUGUGGAGAUGAUCCUCAAGUUCUUUGACAUGUUCCUCAAACUGAAAGACAUAGUGGCAUCUGACGCUUUCAAGGAUUAUGUCACAGACCCUCGAGGGCUGAUCUCCAAGAAGGACUUUCAGAAGGCCAUGGACAGUCAGAAACAGUAUUCCCCAUCAGAGAUCCAAUUUCUUUUGUCAUGCUCAGAGGCAGAUGAGAACGACAUGAUCCACUAUGAGGAGUUUGCCAACCGCUUCCAGGAACCUGCCAAGGACAUCGGGUUCAAUAUUGCAGUGCUGCUCACCAACCUAUCUGAGCAUGUUCCCCAUGACACUCGGCUUCAGAACUUCCUAGAACAAGCAGAGAGUGUGUUGAACUACUUCCGCCCCUUCCUAGGCCGCAUUGAAAUAAUGGGUGCCAGCAGAAAAAUCGAGCGAAUCUACUUUGAAAUCAGUGAAGUCAACCGCAGACAGUGGGAGAUGCCCCAAGUCAGAGAGUCCAAACGACAGUUCAUCUUUGAUGUCGUCAACGAGGGUGGUGAAUCAGAGAAGAUGGAAAUGUUUGUCAACUUCUGUGAGGACACAAUCUUUGAGAUGAAUAUAGCCUCACAAAUCUCAGAGCAGGAGGAGGAGGAGAAGUGUGAAGAAGAUGAUGAGAUAGAUGAAGGUGGAGGUGAGGGAGGAGCAGGUGGGGGGACAAAUGGAGGAGGUGAUGAGGAAAGCAAUGGAGAGGAAGGGCAGCCUGAAUCCAGCUCUGCCUUUGCAGACUUCAUCAAUAGCUUGUUAAGCUUCCUCAGUGUCUUCACCUUCCGUAACCUCCGCAGGCAGUACCGCAGAGUGAGAAAGAUGACCAUCAAGGAGAUCGUUGUUGCUUUGACCACAUUUUUCUGGACCAUCUUGAUGAGUAUACUGCACUUCAUUUACAAUGUGUGCAAAGGAUUCUUUAUGAUCAUCUGGCAAACUCUGUUUGGAGGGGGUUUAGUGGAGGGGGCGAAAAAUAUCACUGUGACUGAGAUCCUAGCGAGCAUGCCAGAUCCCACACAGGACGAUGUGCAUGGAGAUGUACCAGGAGAACCGGGGACUGGGGAAGAACAAGACACAGGGGGUGUAACUGACACCGGGGAGACAGGGAGUGGAGAGGAGGAAGAAGAGGAUACACAGGAAAAAGAGGGUGGGAGAGUCCCAGGUAUUGAUGCUCCGGGUGGACUUGGGGACAUGGGUGUUGAAGCUACUGUUGAACCUCCUACUCCUGAAGGAACUCCCAUAGUGAAGAGAAAAAUGGUGAGUGUUUAAAACCGUUGGUGAUUGAAAAGUGUGAGCAGAUAUAAGUCAUUUAGCUUAAUCGAUCAGCAGCUCAUGAAAACUAUGACAGAUAUAGAGGUGAAGUUUUGUAAGGUAAGUAUAUUAAAUAAAAAGUGACAGAAUGAAACUGAACAGAGGUAAAGUUGAAAUGUUGGUGGCUGUACUGUGCUACUGUGCAUUGACUUCUUUUGUCACAGCCACCGGAAGAGGCUGAUGCAAGCCAGAAACCACCUGAACCUGUUCCUGUAGAGGAACCUCCCCCAGAGCCGGAAAAGGCAGAGUAAGAAUCUUGACUUGUUUCCUUAUCUACACUAUCCCCCCACCCACCCACGUAUUUCUCUGCCAUGGGUCAAGAUAACAAAUCACCACAAGGCCACACUAUUACUCUGUAAAUUACAAAUGUUUUUGGGGAGGAAUGCUUUUGUACUAUCUGGUAAAGAGCAGCAUCAGCCGUUUUAUUUCCAGCAUGUUAUAUACGGUCCUUCUAACUGCAUUUUGUAUAAUUGGUUCUCAAAGUAAGGAGUAUGCCCCUAGGUGGCAGCUCUGGUACAUCAUGAUUGUUUUUUGUUGUUGUUUGAAAAGAGGUCAUUAAGACCCCCCUUGUUUGGUUAAAACAGUGUUGAAACCGGAGAAAAAGCUGAAAAAGAUUCACCGAGCAAAGAGGAGGAACAGCCUGAGGAGCCAAAGACAACCGUGAAAAAGAAAGAAAAGAAGCCGAGAAGGGAAGGAGGUUUCCAAAUCUGGACUGAGCUGGAAACUCAAAGAAAUAAAUUCAUGGUGACAGAUUUGUUUGCGUUUGUUUCAUGAUCCGUUUGCUUGCAUAUUUUGUCACUCUGCACUUACAAGCCUACACAUAAGCAAAACCCUUUCUUCUUUGUAGAACUACCUCUCCAGAAACUUCUACAACUUGCGCUUUUUGGCGCUGUUCCUUGCAUUCGCCCUGAACUUCAUCCUGCUGUUCUACAAGGUAACCACACAGUUUUAGUGUAACAUCCAGUUAUUGCUUUACUGUGCUUCUUGUUGACUCAAAAUAUCUAUUUGUUCUUCAACCUUUUGUUUCAGUACAAAUCUGUACAAAUCUGUAUCUGUAUUUAUUUCAGGUAUCUGACACCCCACCUGAGGGUGAGGAGAUGGAGGGAUCUGGUUUUUCAGAGGGUAGUGGUCUCUUUGAAGGCUCUGGGUUGUUUGAAGGCUCAGCUGAAGAGGCUGAGGGGUCUGGGAUGUUUGAAGAGGGCGAUGAGGAUGAGGAAGAUGUUCCAGUUUAUUUCUAUUUAGAGGAGAGCACUGGGUACAUGCAGCCCACAUUGGCCUUCAUUGCAGCCCUGCACACAGUCAUCUCUUUCAUUUGUAUCAUCGGCUACAACUGCCUCAAGGUAUGCUGGGAACAUAUUAAAAUCAUCUGAUGAGGAUGAACAUAUUUAACAGCACUUUCAACUACAUUCCAGAUUCCACUGGUGAUCUUUAAAAGGGAGAAAGAACUUGCAAGAAAGUUGGAGUUUGACGGCCUCUACAUCACCGAGCAGCCAGAGGAUGAUGACAUUAAAGGCCAGUGGGAUCGACUUGUCCUCAAUACGCCGUACGUGGACACAGAAAUACUUAGAGAUGAUCAUUUAGAGUGAUGAGGGGAAACAAUUUUAAAUACUUACAGGUUCUUUGAUAAAGAAAUAUUUUUUCCUUUCUCGCAGCUCAUUUCCGAACAACUAUUGGGAUAAGUUUGUCAAACGGAAGGUGAGUUGAAGUUGGUUUUCAUGGUAAUAAAAAUGGACUCUGUAGAGGAUGUUGGUUCAUAAUACUGUGUCUGUGUCCAGGUUUUGGAUAAGUAUGGAGACAUUUAUGGCAGAGAAAGAAUUGCUGAACUUCUGGGUGUGGAUUUAGCCUCUCUGGAUGUGAGUCAACAACAUGAGAAGAAGCAGGAGGAGCCAGACAGCUCUGUAUUUGCAUGGUAAAUACAUAUUAGACCAAUGUUGAUAUUUGAUGCUGGAAUUAACAUCACCAAAUUAAAUACUGAUAAAUGUUGUCGAUUUUAGGGUGACCUCUAUUGACCUCAAGUACCAGAUCUGGAAAUUUGGUGUUGUGUUCACAGACGGUGUAAGCAGACCUGCGUUUACUUGUGCAGUAUGCCAUACUACACUUUCCUGCUCACCGUGAACCAAAAUGACCUUUUUUGUUUUUUUCUUUUCAGACUUUCCUUUAUCUCUGUUGGUACCUGAUAAUGUCUCUGCUGGGCCAUUACAACAACUUCUUCUUCGCCUGCCACCUGCUGGACAUCGCCAUGGGCGUCAAAACUUUACGCACCAUCCUGUCCUCAGUCACACAUAACGGCAAACAGGCAAGUGCAGGAAAACUCACAUUAUAUGACUGCAUGAGCUUCAGUUUUAUUGUUUUAACUCUGAAUCCUCUUCUGUUAGCUCAUGAUGACAGUAGGCUUGUUGGCUGUGGUGGUGUACCUUUACACCGUGGUUGCCUUCAACUUCUUCCGCAAGUUUUACAACAAGAGCGAGGAUGAAGAUGAACCAGAUAUGAAAUGUGAUGACAUGAUGACUGUAAGUUACUGUAUUUUUUGAUUUGAGUAAUAUCUGUGUCUGCCCUACUCCCAUAAUGAUAAAGCCUUCCUUUGGUUUCCUUUUCAGUGCUACUUGUUCCACAUGUACGUGGGAGUGCGAGCAGGUGGAGGCAUUGGAGACGAAAUCGAGGAUCCCGCUGGGGAUGAAUAUGAGCUUUAUCGGGUGGUCUUCGACAUAACGUUCUUCUUCUUUGUCAUUGUUAUUCUACUGGCCAUCAUUCAAGGUAAAGACAAUCACUCUUGAUGUCACCUUAGCUCCUAUUUCAGAUCAAGAAUUUUAACUGGACAUGUCUAAAAUCCCCCUUAAGGUUUGAUCAUUGAUGCCUUCGGAGAACUCAGAGACCAACAAGAGCAGGUCAAGGAAGACAUGGAGGUACAAAAUUUGUCAAGUUGACACCUGUGCUUUAAGUGUGCGCAAUUUUGCUUGAGUACUAAUCAAAGAUUUCUGUGCAGACCAAAUGCUUCAUAUGUGGGAUUGGAAGUGACUACUUUGAUACGACUCCACACGGCUUUGAGACGCACACUCUAGAUGAACACAACCUGGCCAAUUACAUGUGAGCGCAUUUCUUUGGUGUUGAAGUGAAUAUAGGGAAUUUAUAUGCAACAAAUUACAAAUAAUUACAUUCACACUCUUUUCAGGUUCUUCUUAAUGUACCUGAUCAACAAAGAUGAGACAGAACAUACUGGACAGGUUGGUCUAACUUUAAACAUUUGUUUUUAAAUUGAAUUUCUUCUGACAGCAGUGUCAUGUUCUUAAAUUCUCUCAUCAUCUAUUACAGGAGUCGUAUGUGUGGAAGAUGUACCAGGAGCGUUGCUGGGACUUCUUCCCUGCUGGAGACUGUUUCAGGAAGCAAUAUGAGGAUCAACUUUCAUAACCAAACAAGUCCUUUACUCAAAGAGAAAUAACUACUGCUCUGUCUGUGCUCAUCAUUCCUGACACUUUGCGGGGAAAAAACGGUCCUGAAAAACACACAAAUACUUAAAUUAUUCUUUUACAUUUCUGUAAGUUUCCAAUAAGAGAUAACUUUCAAAAUGUAAACAGUCAAGACCAGUUUCUACUGAUGCUAUUGUGAUUUAUCAAGGGAAUUGUCGGAUUGUAUUGAUAUUUAUUGACUUUUUCCUAAAUUUAGGGAUAUUAAGCUUUUCUGUUAACAAGUUUCCCUCAUUGUCCAUGAAGAAGAAGAAUUGUUUUGACGAAGGUACAUGAAGUGCCUACACAAUCACACAAGUUGC